GUGUCAAACCAGCCAAGUCUAGGAAGGGCAAAUGGCUCUGCCUGCCUCUUCCCCCUCUGGCCCCCGGCCCCGCUCACCCUCGGCCCCCGGCAGGUUACCUAGAAAACAUGUGGCUCUCCGUUGGCAAAAGAUUCCCCAUCGCGGGGCUGGACGGAGAGGCACUGCGGGGCGCCGAGAGUUAAGGCGCCCCGGCUGGACGGUCCUGGUUCCGGGGCCCUCGGGGGCCCUCGCCGAGCAGACGCCUCCACUUCUGCCGCAGCUGCACCCCCCGCGCGGGAGCGCGCCCGGCCGCCUGCGCGCCGCCUCCGCUGCCCACCUUCCCUGACGCGCGCCGCCGCCGCUGCUGCCGGGCUAUAAAAAGCCGCUUCGCCGCCGCCACGCAGCCGGGCGCUCCACUCGGGCGGCGCGAGAGCCGAAGCCAGCCUCGACGGGGCGGCUCCCCGCAGGAGAGCUCCGCGCUGCCGGGCGCCGCGGAGAGCGAGGCGAGUGACCGGUUGCGGAGAACACCUGGGCCCCCUCCCGCUGCCCGACGGGCGCGGCAGCCUCUACGCAAACCCCGCGCAAGUUUCCGCGCGAGGGCCACAGCCGCCACCCCCCGCCCCGUCUGCUGCUGAGGCGGCCCCCAUGCUGCUCCCGCUGGCGCUCUCCGAGUUACCCUGAGGGCGAUGGAGGGGACCCCCUCGAAUGGCUCCAACGCCUCGACGAACGCCUCCCUCGACGAAAACCAGUUCGUGCAGCCGGGCUGGCAGGUCGCGCUCUGGGCGGUGGCGUACGCACUGAUCGUGCUGGUCUCGGUGGUGGGCAACCUGGUGGUGAUGUGGAUCAUCCUGGCGCACAAGCGGAUGCGCACCGUCACCAACUAUUUCCUGGUCAACCUGGCCUUCGCCGAAGCCUCCAUGGCUGCCUUCAACACCUUGGUCAAUUUCACCUACGCCGUCCACAGCGUCUGGUACUACGGCCUCUUCUACUGCCGUUUCCAGAACUUCUUCCCCCUCGCCGCCGUCUUCUCCAGCAUCUACUCCAUGACGGCCAUCGCCGUGGACAGGUGAGGAAGGUACACCGGCGCGCGGGGGCUGGACGCCGGAACCUGGGUUCUGGGCGUCGGGAUGCGAUGGGAAGACGCACGUCGAAGCGGGAAGAGAGCCCGAAGAAACGUGCUAGGGAAAAACAGGGGAGGUGGCUGAAGAGCCUGGAGUGAAAAGUGAGAGGUUGGCCAGCUUGGGAUCAAGUCCUGACAAAAGUUGGGGAGCUGGUUUGUUUGUUGCGUGCAGGGCACAGCCGUAGUGGAGAGUGUCCCUGAGCAAGUGCAGAGUGUAUUUUCCCAGGUUGACUGACUGCCUCUCCCCCUGUUCCUUCCAUGUUUAAAAAGGUCACCUGUCAGGACUUGGGAGAGGCCCUUCUGGAUCAGAGGGUGCUUUUGGACUAGGGAUAAAAAAACCUGAGGGUCAGAUGUGGCCCUCCAUGUCUCUCUGUUGGCCCAGGCGGCCUUUACCAGCCCCACUUUUUAGCUGCCUGGAAAGUGUUCUUGAACUCUGGUUGUGUUUCUUGCAUGGCAAGAUGGAAGAUGGAGAGGCAUAUGCAUGUGUGUGAUAUAAGGAGAAAGUGGCUGAUCACUCUUAGAAACAGUGCUGGACUAGAAUGGAGCUCUGGGCUGACCCAGCAAAGCAGUUCUUGCUGCUGCUGCUGCUGCUUUUUAGGUAUUAGAAUUUAUUGGAUUUCUUAUGCACCUUCUACAAGCAGUCUCAGCCUGACUUACAAAUGGUGCGAAAACACAGAAGGUAAAUAAAAACAUCAUGCUAAACAGCUUGCCUCAGGAUGGAAUGGAUAUAGAUUGGAUAUGAAUAUGGUGUUUUCAAAUCAACCCUGACAAAGAUUCAAAAGCCUUACAUGCAGCAGAAAGGUAAUGUUGGAAGCGCACAUAAGACCACCAGAAGAGCCCCACCAGAUCAGGCAAAAGCAAACCCAUUUUUAGUCUAGCAUCCUCUUCUUACAGUGGACAACCAGAUGUCCAGAUGUGAAGCCUGCAAGCAGGACAUGAGCACAUGCUGCCCACUUGCGAUUCCCAGCUGCUGUUAUUCAGAGGCAUAUUAAUCUCUGAGAGUGAAGGUGGAACCUAGUUAUCAUGGCUAGUUGCUGUUGAGAGCCUUGCCCUCCAUGUAUUUGUCUAAAGUCCACUCUUUUGGGUUACAUUCCUUUUAUAAUAAUAAUAAUUUUAUUAUUUAUACCCACCCAUCUGGCUGGGUUUCCCCAGCCACUUUUGGGUCCUGCUGUACCAUGGAGAUAUGGCUUCAAAUCCCUCCCUGGUCUCACACAUGCCUGGGGCAAACUAGCACCUCCCACAUUCAGUUCCACACCUGUGAAAUGGCAGGCUUUGCAUCAUUGCCCUAAAAUGAAGAAACCAAAGACUGAUCACAGCUUGUUGUACUCUUAUGAGACUCAACUGAGUCGUUAAGAGCGACCAGAACAUCUCUGGUUGGAAUUUCACCUCAACCAAGAACACACUUGGUGACUCUUUCAACCUCAUCCCCCUGCGGGGAUGAUUUAUACUAUAGGAUUGAAAUAGUACAAGGAAAGUACGUCAAACACUAAAAAAAGCAUUGUAAAAAUGCGAGGUGUCUUUUAACCUUUCAUCCAAGGAGCUCCAAGAGCCACAUAUAUUAUGAUUCCAUUUUAUCCUUGCAAAAACCUUACAAAGUAGACAAUGCAAGCAAGGUGUCUAUCCUGUGGCCCUCCAUAAGUUAUUGGACGCCAGCUCCCACCAGCCCUAGCCAGCAUAGCCAAUUGGCAUGGCUGAUGUGAGCUGGAGUCCAACAACAUCUGGACCAGUCACCACCUGGACCACUCUGGCUACGUCCAAGAAUAUCACUGUGUUCAGUAUACCCCACUGAUUCUUGAAAAUAACUCAUCUUUUUGUUGUGGUGGUAUUACUGUUUUAGUUUAUGACUGUCCUUCACUCUACAGACCCGGAGUGGGUUGCAAUGAUUUAAAACAUGGUGUUAAAAACAGGUUUUUAAAAAGGCACACCACACAUUCCUAUGCCAGUUUACUCAGAAGGAAGUCCCACUAGGCUCAAUGGUUCUUUAGCUGUGGUUCUUGCACUGCAGAGUGCUGGAUUAGAUGCAUGGGCGUAGCCAAGGGGGGUGAGCAAUCAAAAUCAAUGCAAAUCAAUACAAAUAUGAGGUCCUGGCUAGGCCCAAGAUUAGAUGACCCUUUGGACCAUCCUCACCUUCCAUCUGUUUCAGAAGAGCCUGAGAGAAAGAAUCAUAGAACUGUAGAGUUGGAGUGAUGGUGGCAGAAUAGUACCUGCUGCCUUAAUGAAAAGAAUCCUCUUUAAUAGUUCCCAUGGGAAGAGAGUUGUUAGCCACCCAUACAUUGUAAACAUCUCUCUGUAACCUGGUGGAAUUCAAAGCUUUCUGUUUAUCAGUGGUGAAGCUCUUCUUGGCUUUAGCAUUCUUCUUCUUUUUAAUUUAAAAAAGGUCUCCACUUUCCAAUAUUCCUCACGUUAGAGGUUCUUGUGUGCAUGCAUAUGUGCAUUUUGAAGCACAAUAUCAUUUUGUGAAAUGAAAACCAUUUGUUCUUGCAGAGCAGUAGCAGAAUAGAAUACACACUGCCCUUCACAAUUGGAGCUAAAUUGGAAAACAGUGUGGUUUCCCCGUUGACGACUAUAAAACAUUCCCAAGGUAUAAAGUAAGGAAUUCUCGUUAUCUCUGGAAAAGAUUCGUUUCUAGAGUGUUGCUCAUUCCAUUCUCCAAGUUAACUAGUUUUCACUUGGAGAGUUAAUUGAAAAGGAGGCAUGUUGUGUUGGAAAAGGCUCAUCUGCAGUGUCAUCAGAAUGAGACAACAGAAUUAGUCCUGAUAUACGGAUCCUAUGUGGGAUGUGUAAGAGAGUGGGUUGCCUUUGUGACACCAAAUAGAAGCAUUUAGAUGGUUUCUGUAUAUGCCAUAAUUCUAUGAAGAUUCAGCAAAUAUGCAAAAUAUGGCCAUUUUGGCUCCAGAAACUUGUAUCCAUGAACACGAGUCAUAUUCCUCCAUGGAUUGUGACUAAUGUUAAACCUGCCCAGUUACAGAUAAAGUUCCCAAUGAGAUCCUUCCUUGGGCUGGUUUACUCAUCCAUAUGCAUAUCUUGCUGUUCUGACACUUGCAUCUGAAAUACACAUGAACAUGUGAAAAGUUUUGUUUUGUUUUAAGUCACUUUGGAGGGUAUGAAAGUUCCUAUUUGUGAGAACAGAUCUGCAACAUUUGCAUGUGCCAAGUCACCCCUUGAUGGUAAAAGGGUAAAAGUCCAGUCGUGAAUGACUCUGGGGUUGCGGCGCUCAUCUCGCUUUACAGACCGAGGGAGCCAGUGUUUGUCCACAGACAGUUUUUCUGGGUCAUGUGGCCAGCAUGACUAAGCUGCUUCUGGUGCAACGGAACACCAAAACCAGAGCAGUGCACAGAAAUGCCGUUUACCUUCUCACUGGAGCGGUACCUAUUAAUCUACUUGCACUUUUUGGCGUGCUUUCGAACUGCUAGGUGGGCAGGAGCUGGGACCGAGCAAUGGGAGCUCACCCCAUUGUGGGGAUUCGAACUGCUGACGUUUUGAUCGGCAAGCCCAAGGCUCAGGGGUUUAGACCACAGUGCCACCCGCGUCCCUCCACUUGAUGGUAAUAGGCAUCAAAUAAUGAUUAUGCAGAUGCAAGGCAGGUUUUUGUCACACACCGAGGUCUCAUACUCGGGCAUAAGGUGGCAACUGAUAGCAAGGCGUCUGUUGCAGAUCUUGGUGUGCUGGCUGAGAUAGAGGAGAAGAGUGGGGUGUGGAGGAGCAGAAUGCAGAAUAAGGGAUAAAACAAGGGGGGAAGGAGGUGAAGGGCUGUCUCCCUUCUCAUACCCUUCUGAUGAGAUUUCAUAGAAGUGUCAACUGAUGGAAUGCUGCAUCCAUGUCUAAUUCUUUCUCCUCAAAGACUCCUUGCAUUUCCCCUCCCCUCCCUUUCAUAGUCCUUCAGCUUCCUAAUUUAGCCAAUAGAGAGUCCCAAAUUAUAUUGUGUGGCUUGGAAUAAUUGUCUGAACGUUGUAAUGAUGGGCUGUGCUGGACUCAGCCUGAUCUUUGUGUGUGUUGUGGAAACAAAUAACUUGCCAGGAUGAGAAAGAAGAAGCCGACAGUGUGGUGCAGGGGAGAUUUGGGCAAUGACAGCACAUCACACGGCCUUCCCCAGCCUGGUGCCCUCCAGAUGUUUGGGAGUACAGCUCUCACCAGUCCCAGCCAGCACAACUGUGCAAAAUGCACAUUAGAGCAGAAUUUACUGUUGGAGUAGCAGAUGUACUUGUCAGCAGCAGUCAGCAAAGGCUUUGCUCCCAGAUUUGGAAGGAAGACAUGGAACAGGCCUGGCAUUAGCUGAGGAAUAAAACAAGCAAGAUAUGGGAGGUUCCUGAUAGGAACUUCUGAUCUCUCUCCCUCUCCCUCUCCUUUUCUUUCUGUGUCUCUCUUUAGAGCAGCCAUGGGGGAUUCUGAUCAAAGCAGCAGUGCUGGGAGGGAGACUUUUAACCCAUUCCCUCCUGCACCAUUUCCCCAAUCUAAAUCAUUUCCCCACCUCCCAAGCUGCUAUCAGUCCUGCAACAGAAGAAGAAAAAAAUGCAGGCAUAGUUACACCCCUGUGUAAAUAACAAGGAAUGGCAGAGGGGAGCAGGAUUAAACAUCCCCUUUAUAAGAGCCCAAGAACAUCAGAAGAAUUCUGCUGGGUCAGGCCAAAAGUAAUAAUAAUAAUUUAUUAUUUAUACCCUGCCCAUCUGGCUGGGUUUCCCCAGCCACUCUGGGCAGCUUCCAACAAAACAUUAAAAAUACAAUAAAACAUCAGACAUUAAAAACUUCCCUAAACAGGGAUGUCUUCAGUUCAUAUAGGUUGGCAUUCUGUUCUUCCACUGGCCAACCAGAGGCAUAGGAAAAGCCCCAGAGCAGCAGCUGAGUGCAGUUGCCUUCUGCCUUUGCCCUGGGAGGUGGGACAGGAAGAUGCUCUGAUGAAAACCGGAGCCUCUCCCCAGCUUUGCUUCUGUAUUAAAAUAAAAGGGGAGGAAAGUGGGGCAAUCUGCUCUGCCAUGCUUGCUUUGGUCUUCUUGAGGACACAACUUUUUAUUGACAAACUGCAAGAGAGAAGAUCAGAUGGGCUUAAUGUGAAAUCCCCCUUGGCCCUGAACUGUCCGUCUGCAUCUCACCCACAAGCCCUGAUGUCGUAAUGCUUAAGGCCUAGAUCCAAAGAACGGCAAAAAGGGGGACGUGAGCUGAUGGGGGUCUCCUGUUUCUCAGCCAACCAUCCCUCAUGGCAAACUUUUAUUGAAACCAAGGGGAGUUUCUACACUGACUUUAGAAGGGGAGGGGGAGGCUGCUGUUUGUGGAAAGGAAACAAAUAUGUGACAAAAAUCCAUUCAUAAUGCCCAGGCCCUCAAAAUGUGCCAAAAAUAGUUUUUUGGAUGCCAGCCACAGCAUUUGCAUGGGGCUUGAGAGUGUUGGAAUUGUUUCACGUUCUCUUCAUGAUCUUUUUGAAAGGCCAGUGGGUUAGCUCAGUAUUAUUCUCCCCAGAUUGCAGAGGGAAGAGGAAAAAGCCGCGAGGAGAGUGACUUGCUUAUUUGAGUUUGCAGCACAGGUGAGAUUGGAAAGGAAGACUUAGCAGAGCAUUCCUUCCGCUGCUCUUUCUCCACUGCCUGUCAAAUCAUAUGCAACUUCUUAUUUUGAUCAGCUUUAAGCAGAUAAUAUCUCUGAGCAGCCUUCACCAACUGAGACUCUCCAGAGGCUUUAGAGUAGACUAUACUCCCUUUGGAGCUGUGUUACUCGCACAAAGCAGCAACGCGUGUGCAAAGGGGCUGUGUGUUUAGCCCUGUCUGUGAGGUUGUGAAGGGAUGAACUCUGCCUCCACAGUCAGAGGUGUGGGAAGAAAAACAUAUGAAUCUCUGUGAUUCACGUGUGCUGGGUAAAUAACAAAAGAAUUGGCAGGGUCAGUCUAGAUGUAAAACAUGCGGCUAAACUUCUGGGGACUAGUGAAGGAGAAAGAGGCCCCCUUCUAAUGAAGGAGAAAGAGGCCCCCUUCUAAUGAAGGAGAAAGAGGCCCUGUUCUUAUCUUAUCACAACAGCCCUGAUGAGACAGGCCCAAGGCCCAAGUAAGCCCAGGCGGUGAUCACGCUCCUCACAUGCACAGUACUAACCACAGUCACGAGCUUCCCUGCUGAUAAGCACACCCUGAGCAUGCGGUGUACAUGACUUGGGCACGAGCACAGUCAGUACGUGGGGGGCUGGACACAUGAAUGGGAUAGGCUCAGGGGGCUGAACAGGGCGGGGAAACCAAUGUAUAAAAGGCUUUGCAUGACCUGUAUGUGUGUGCCAGACUUUGGAAGCAAUUCCGCUGGUACCUGCUGCGCAGUAACCGAAUAAACUUUUUCUCUGUGGAAUCACACCCUGACGUUGCUUAACUCCUUCAUGCUCCUGGCGAGGGUAUGAGGUGACUGGACCCAGACCCAUAGGUAAAGAAGGCUACACUAGUAGUAGAGUUUAAUUUCAAAGUCAAGCUGCAGUAUACCAUGGGAAUUUAGGCUGUUAAACCUUUUGCAUUUCCUGUCUCGUCGACUAGCAAAGUGCUUCUCCCUUUUUACUCCUCCUGCAAUGAACAGACCACACACUCUUAAGCCAAAGGUCAGAGUCAUGCAUUUAUCCAAGCAGCAGCAAGGAGAACACAGGCAGAAUACCCUUGGGUAGAAAAUACAGAAAGAUAGCUUCAAACAGGUGUUCUAAGCUUGGAGCUUAGCUUGGACACACCUUCCUCGGUCAGUUACAUGGUGCAGAGAGAAACAGAGCAGAACCUCCAAGUGUCCCUAUUUUCCAGGGACAUCGCUGAUUUAGAGAAACCAUCUCGGUUUAUGAUUUGAUCCUGGAAUGUCCCGCUUUUCCUUAGGACGUCCCUAUUUUCACUGGAGGGUAUGGAGUUAUCUGACCCCCCGAGCUGUACAGGGAAGUUUUAAAAAAUGUUUAAUGUUUUAUUAUGUUUUAUAUAUGUUAGAAGCUACCCAGAAUGCUGGGGCGACCCAGUAAGAUGUGUGGGGUAUAAAUAGUAAAAUUAUCAUUAAGGAAUGAGAUGUCCCUAUUUUCAUUGGAGAAAUGUUGGAGGAUAUAUGAGACAGGGAACAGGAAGUGAAGGCUUGACUUCCUCCCUCAUCGGAAAAAGAGGGGGUGUGACAUAGCCAACUCUAGGAAUCUAACUCUGUGGUCUUAACCCUUUCGUGCACUAACUAACACUCAUGCAUAGGUAUGUUUGAAUGCAAUUUCAAACAAGAGGCAGGAAUGCUUCUGAACACCAGUUUCAGGGAACCACAAGUUGGGAAAGAGCUGUUGUAUUCAGGUCCUGCUUGCAGGUUUCCCACAGGUUGGCAAUGGUGAGAACAGGAUGCUGGACUAGAUGGGCCAUUGGCCUGAUCCAUUAGGCUCUACUUAUGUUCUUAAACUGGGAGACUCUUCUAUCUCUUUAGGUUCCUUCAUGUGCUUUAAAACCAUAGAAGAAUAGAGCUCUAAAUUGCACAGAGGGUGUAUCCUGAGAUUUGUUUUUAUGUAUCUCUUUAAAAGAUUUUUAGCCCACCUUCCUGGGCAUGCUGCCCUCAAGAUGAGUCUUGCAAGUCUCAAAAUGCAUGGAAAGACAAUUAGAAAAUAAGACAUGCACACUCACUCACACACACGCACACGUAUGCUAACAGCACAAUUCAGCCAAAGAUUCCCCACUUCAGAAGGGGGACUUGCACUGCCCGAGGGCAGGGCUAAAUGUGCAGCCACUGUGUGUCUUCCCCUGACUGAGAGCUCUUCUGAUGUUUGAACUACAUCAGUUCCCAUGUCAUGUAGACAUGCUGGCUGGGGCUGAUGGGGAUUGUAGUCCAAAACUUCUAGAGGGGACUUCCGGGUUGGUGCGAACAGCUAAUGGCGGAUUCUCUCCGAGCUCCGGAGGGAAUCGGCUCCGCUGGGGACGGGUCUUGCCGCGACGGCGACGCGGAGACCCUCAAAAACCGCAGGCGCGGAUGCCUGCGGACCUGGUGACUCGGUGGGCACCUUAAGCGCCCCCGACCCACGAAGAGCCUUUUAAAGGCUACGGAGAGGGUACGGAAGCGGCGUGGUGCUGGGAGUAGACCGCUACCCCAGCGGAGCGGAGCCGUGUGCCAUGGCUGAAGAGCACUGACUUUCCUUAAAUUCGGAACUCGAAAAGAAGCAACCCGUGAGUAGAUUGGAAUUCGGACUUUAAAAUAUCUAUCUGUGAAUUUGAUACGACCGGGGAUGUGUUAAAGGGAAGUCCGCACCCCCUUCUGCAGACGAUUUAAAGCAAUAGCAGGAGAACUAAGUUGGAGAGUCUACCCCUUUGGGGUGAGUUAAAAGACAUUAACUUUCACGAUUUGAUAAAAGAAGUUUUGAGCUGGAGUGUAAGAGUGGAAUUUUAGAAGUUUUUCUCUUGUGGUGUGUAACCCCCCCCUUCCGGGCCCGGGAGCGUCCUGCCUUUGAGCCUGUUGAAGAGGAAAGGAGUUUGACAGCUGUUAAAGCUGUCAAACGGGCAACUUAAAGUAAAAAGCGUGUUAUUUAAGAUCUCCCUGGACUAAAUGUGAUACAAUUGAAUUAAAGUGGUUCGAAACAAAGAAACAAAGAACGAGGCAAAGGACUGUUGGGAAAAGAUUACUAAGUAACCAGAUUCCCUCUAGGGGAAUUCUGAGACAUUACAAUGGCUGCGGAUGGAAAUUUACUAGCUGAAAUAGAAAGAAUGUGUUACUUUGUGGGAACUUUACAAGAGCAGAGUCUGGCUAUGAAUAAACAACUUACGACCUUGACUUCUGGAAUAAGCAACUCUGCUGAAUAUAUUGAGGAUCUGAAUGAGAAAAAAUCUGCAGCUGAACCGGAACAGAUAUCUCAAGAAUUGAAGGAGACUAAACAAGGAAAGGAGAAAGCACAGAUGGAAAGUACCAACCAGAAGCCUACACAUGUGGAUUAUAAACAAGAAGACCCUUGGAUUACAUGGAUUACAAAUCUGCAAAAGAUGCGAAAGAUGAAGGAGGAGGCCCCUGGAGUACUUGGAAUUCAAGAACUUAAAAGAAAGAAGAAAUAUGAUGGGGGCCUCCAUUCUGAAUAUGAAGGACUGGUGGAACUUUUGCAGCAGUUGUCUCCAAGUUUUCUUGUGGGAAGAAAAUCUGGCUUGACUGGGACAGAACUCCUUCGAGAUCCGAAGACCAACAUAAAGGACUACCAACAAAACCGGCGGAGAGGGACUGAAAGAGACUUGAAGGCCUCGGAUGUGAGAAAUCCAGGCUAAGAACUGUUAUUGUAGAAAUGUACUUGGGAAGGGACGAACCGGGGAUGGGAGGGGGGGAAAAUAGAAUUUUAAAAACACUUACGACUUUUGGGUCUAGUCAAUAUGAUUGAUGCUUAAUAAAAAAUGGGAAAUCGAUGGAAGGGAAUCUGAGCCCAACUUAGGAUAGAAUUUAAUCUUCUACAAAAGAUGUAAUAUUAACAGGGUAAGGAGGUAAAAUAAUAACUUGCUGACAUAAUUAUGGGAAUUGGGAUGUAUGAAGGGGGGGUGGGGGGAAGUCAAGGACCAAAGUUAAGAAAGCAAGAUUUUUGAAAUUAUACAUGUUUUUUGUCUUUGUCUUUUACGUGUGUGUUAUGUCUUUAUAAAAUGUGAAAAACCAAUUAAAAAAUUAUAAUAAAAAAAAAAACAAAACUUCUAGAGGUCACUGGGUUGCAGAAAGCUCCUCUAAGGUCAUGCUUAGAGGUUCUGUCAUUGGUCGUGGGAAACAUUUGCUGUUCCAGUUAGUAACUUAAUUUUCUGGACAAACGCACCAUGCACAUAAAUAUGCUCAGCGUACAAGACAACAAGCUCAAAGCUCACAACACUGACACAUCCCAGCAAAUGCAAGGAUCAGAGAUUGCAAACUGCAAAUCUGAAAUUAGCGCUUGCAUCAAAGGGAGAAGAGUGUUUCCAAUUUUGAUGUGCCCUAGAAGAUUAACACCUCUCCCAAUGACUCAGAUGGGCAGGCACACAACAGCUGUGUAAAAGCUGCUAUGAAAAUACCGAACCAGUAUCAAAGACAACUGCAUUUGCUACUCAUCCACAGCAGGAAAAAUGGCAAAGAAACACAGAAUAUCACAUCACCGAUGCUCUCCUAGUGCAAGUGAUUAAUCUCUGUCAAUAGCAGCCGUGUUUGUAUUCUGAAAGCUUCUUGAAGUUUGAGCCAGGCAGUUGUUCUCUGGAAUAAUAUUCCAUCGCAGGGGGCUGGGUGAUUUUGAGCUUUCAAAAUGUACUCUUUCAAAAUGGUUUCCUAUAAUUCAUAUCCCAAAUAAUGAUGACAAUGAGGUGAACAAAUCCCCUGAUGAGGACCAAAAUUUUUCAUUGAAUUACUCCAACUUUUGAGAAGCAUUUUCAAAGUAAUUCUCUAAACAAUGCUCUCUGAUGCUCUACAAAAAGGGCAAUAGCAUUGUUUUAAAAAAUAUCUUGAUUUGCUUUAGGGAUUAUUGUGGUGCUGAGAGAGUAGCAGCUGCAAGUAGUGACGGCCUCUGGUGCUUCCAAAUUUUCUUUUAAGCAUACAAGCAGAGCUAGAAAUUUAUUAAUGUUUCUUGGAACAAAAGUUCCUUGGCCAACCUUUCACAGGAACAAAAUCAGGAUCCGUCUGAGGAGAGACUCACCAUCGGAUGUUGUUUUUUAGGGGUGGGGAGGAAUAUGUGUUUAUUUAGAAGAUCAGGCAAAGCUGAUCUUUAAAGCAACAUUGGAUCCCUCCCAAGCAAACAUCAGCUCCUCUGUGCUCUUUUGUCUCCUUUAAAAUUCCCAAACUGCUUCUGCCAUCCCCUGAGGAAGCAGGGUUUGUGCCCAGGUUAGCAGCUACCAGCCAUCAAAGCCACCAAGCAGAUGGACCUGUGAUCAUCUUAUGAGGCCCUUCUUUGUGUGCUUCCUCCACAAGAGGUCCAAAGGGUGGCAGCACAAGAACUGGCCUCUUAUGUGGUGAGCCCCAUGGAGAUUUGCACAUUUCUCUAUCCGUGGGGGUAAAGGUGGGGUUCCCCAGACUGGCAGAGCAAAAAGCCCUUGUGAUUCCCCUUCAGCUCCUCGUAAGCAUCCCUUGUGCUACAACCCCGUCCUUCAUCCCAGAAAUGCAGGAGGUGUGCACCUUAGGAACUCGCAAUGGUACUGUGUGUGUGUGUGUCGUGAUAAAUAGGUGGAAAUACAGUAUGCUGUUCAUGUGCUUGAACUGAUAUGUUCUAAUGAGUGUCUGAAUCACUUCUCAACAAGAUGUUUGGUCUGCCGUGAACAUCUGUAAGGUCUCAGCUGGCUGCGCACAAGAGCUCCUCUGAAUAUCAAGUAAAGAAUGAAGGUUUUCCAUACCCAAAUGGCAAACGUUUUGCAAAACAAGGCAGUACAAUACAGGCUAACACCGCAGUUUAACUCUGGCGAUUUCAUAGGUCCGAUUCCUUUUGGCUAUGCUUUUUGGGAUUAGCUGCCUGUCCUUCUGGGUUUCAUGGUGCUCUGGAACCCGGUGGUAUCCCAACCUAAUGCCCUCCAGUGCUUUGUGGACUGCAACUCCCAUCAGCCCCCAGCCAGCACAACCAUAUGAUCUUGGUGCUGAUGGGAGCAUGGUCAUGCUGGGGGGAGAUGCCAGGUUCAGCCCCAGCAUAUCCAGGUAGGGCUGGAAGAGACACUCACCUGAAAUGCUGGAGAGCAGCUGUGAGCCAUUGUGCACAAGGGUGGUGGAUUGUGCUGGAUUAGUGGGCUGAUGGUAUAAGGCAGCUUAAUUCUACUAAGCAACUGUCCACAGUGCAAAGAAGUUGUUCCUUUUGUCUGACCAGAAUCUCAUGAAAAUCAGUUUCAUCUGAUGACCUGCGCUGCAGGGGGUUGGAUGUCUUGUCAUUUUUUUAAUAGACCUCUAUCAUGCUCCUCCAAUUGUCUUUUUGACCCCCUCCCCGACCAAAAAGUUGCAAACGCUUUAUCUUUUCCUUAUACAGAAGGUUUACCAACCCCUAUCUUGUUUUGGUGGCCCAUUUCUGAACACCCCAAAGCUCUAGGACAUCAUUUUGGAGAUAGAUGGAGCACUGUGUAGGGAAAACUGGGCUUCCGAAGGGUAUGUACUAAGGACCAAGGAAAGCAAAAUGAUGAGCUUUGCUGCCAUUUCCAAGGUCUCAUGCCUUAGAAGGGCAACUAAGGAUGACAGCUCCCAAGUUGUCUCACAACAUAUAAAAAAGAUAAAACAGAUUCAUUACAGAACUGCAAACUGUAAAACCACAAUCAACAAAAUGCUAAAACAUCUAAAAACAUUAUAAUGGCAGCAAUAAAGCAGUAUAAGCAGAAAGCCCAUAUAAAUAUAAAUGCUACCAAUAAAUCCAAUAAGUUUACAAACUGCAGCAGGAAAAUGCAAACUAACUAAAAUAUCAAGUUGAAGGCACUUUGUUUUCUUGUUGCAAAGUCUCUGGAGUGCAUCAAUAGGAGUAUAGCAUCUAGAUCAAGGGAAGUAAUAGUGCCACUGUAUUCUGCUCUGGUCAGACCUCACCUGGAGUACUGUGUCCAGUUCUGGGCACCACAGUUCAAGAAGGACACUGACAAACUGGAACGUGUCCAGAGGAGGGCAACCAAAAUGGUCAAAGGCCUGGAAACGAUGCCUUAUGAGGAACGGCUAAGGGAGCUGGGCAUGUUUAGCCUGGAGAAGAGGAGGUUAAGGGGUGAUAUGAUAGCCAUGUUCAAAUAUAUAAAAGGAUGUCACAUAGAGGAGGGAGAAAGGUUGUUUUCUGCUGCUCCAGAGAAGCGGACACGGAGCAAUGGAUCCAAACUACAAGAAAGAAGAUUCCACCUAAACAUUAGGAAGAACUUCCUGACAGUGAGAGCUGUUCGACAGUGGAAUUUGCUGCCAAGGAGUGUGGUGGAGUCUCCUUCUUUGGAGGUCUUUAAGCAGAGGCUUGACAACCAUAUGUCAGGAGUGCUCUGAUGGUGUUUCCUGCUUGGCAGGGGGUUGGACUCGAUGGCCCUUGUGGUCUCUUCCAACUCUAUGAUUCUAUGAUUCUAUUUAAAAAACCAUCAGUGUAGGGUCCACACAUACCUGCCAUGGGAAGGGGCUCCAUAAAGAUGCGGACAUGACUGAAAAUGAGCCAGUCUUUAUGCCUACCAAUGCAAUACUUCUGAUAGAAUCACAGAAUUGUAGAGUUGAAAGGGCUACCAAGGGCCAUCUAGUCCAGCCCCCUGCAAUGCAGGAAUCACAGCUAAAUCAUCCCUAUCUGACCUCCCUGGUUGUGGGCUCUUGAGGAGUCACAGGGAGCAAUCCUAAGGAGCAGGCAGGUUUGUUCAGGUACAGGCAGUCCUUUCAAAUAAUUUGUUUUGAGCUUAAAAUUUUAAAAGCUUUUAAAUUGGGCCCAGAAACAAACUGGCAACUAGUUCAACUCAUGCCCAAUAAAUGUUAUAUACUCCAAUUGCCUUCAAAUGAACAGCUUCAGGUAGGCAGCCCCACAUAGAGACAUAACACCAGUCUAAUCUGGACAUAAUCAAGAUUGUGGCAAGCUCUGCUUUUUUCUCGAUAAGGUUGCAACUGGCAAAUCAGCCUAAGCAGAUAAAAGGUCCUCCCAGCCCCAGCCCCUCCUGCGCUUCUACUGACAGUGCCAAGCCUAGGAAUUGCUUGUCAUAUUGAUGUUGCUGAGAUUUUUAGCCCUCUGCUCAGCUAAAAAAGGCUCACAGUGAAGAUUUAGACCCUUCAGAAGCCUUUGUUUGAACUCGCCUCCUUAGGAAUCUUGACUUUGCAGCAAUUUCCAGCACAACAACAUCUUUGACAUCAUGGGCUCAAUUUCAGCUGAUGCAGCCUGAGGAUGUGGACAAGGCGCCUCCCCCAAACUUAGCCCCUCUUGGUUUAUUAAGGCAUGUCUUCGGGGGGGGGGGUGGCUGUCUGGGUCCAGGAUCAACACAUUCUUUUUUAAAAGUAUCUUUAUAUUGCUUUUUCACAUGUAAUAAACAACAACAAUAGCAAGUAAGUAGUCUUAUUUCUUAGGAAACAAGCGUAACAGCAACUUAAAGGUGGGACUAAGUUUAUGAUAAAUAUUAAAGUUUCUAAUGCAAUAAGUGUCUCUCUAGGGUGGUGAUUGAUUGUUGUGUCUCGUAUGGGAGAUAAAUGGAUGCCAAGUGUUGCAAAAGAAUAAAGUCAGGGCAGCCCCGUGGGAUUCUUCUGCCUGAAGUGUGCUGCUUCACCCAGUCUUAUGGGUGGGCUGGCCCUGGAUCUUGCCUCUGACUGCCUUGACUGGACAGGUCAAUUUCUCAACCAGAGCAGCAGGCUACACCUGAGCAGAACAUGAGUCUGUCGACAGGCCUGUUAUAGAAAGCCAACAUUUAAUGAGCAGCGACCAGCAAAAAUGUCAGUAUAUCCUGAUGAGUUACAUGUUGACAUCUUAAAAGAUGUGUUGAUUCAACCGCCUUGAAUCAACAUCCAGCCACCUUGGACUUACUGGUUUGUGACAACUAAUGCCCAGUCACAGAAUCCCCCUUUUUGGAGAAGGUGACUGAGAGGGUUGUGCCAGCACAGUUGCAAGCAUUCUUGGCUGAAAUUGAUUACCUCAGGGUUCAGAGCAGAUUAUAUUCAGAGCAGAAAUAGUGACCACUCUGCAGAGCUGUUGUGAGAUACCAUCUGUGAAUCUCACACUAAACACACUAAAGCAUAAUAUCAUUGCCACCUGGUUAUUACUGCAUUUUUACACAAAAAAGGGGAGAUGACUAUUUUCCUUUGACAAAUGUAGGAAGCAGAAGCCUUCCCCCAGCUUUUGUUGAAGGAAACCAAGCGCACUGUGUAUGCCACCCUGCUUGGUUCUCUUUGGCCUUGAAGGUCCAGUGACAGAUUGGUUUAUUGCUCCCACUGGAUUAGGGAUCAGGGUAUUUUGGGAUCUUUCCUCUGUAGUGCUGCUUGGAAAUGAGGAAGGACAAGGAAACAUGCUAGUUGUGAGAAACAGUUUCCCCUCUUCAUCUCUGGGGGUUCCAAGUGUCUCCAGAGCACUGGCUUGUCUCUUCUAUGCCAGGGACAACUAGUGACCCUCUCACUCUGAUGAGAUCAAGGCUCUUCUCAUCACCGGGCACCAGAGACAUGCUCUUACAUGCCACCCCAAUAUCUGAGUGGUGAGAGAAUCCAGCUACUUACCCAGUUCUGGUUUCCUUGGAAUGAGGAGACUGUGGUUGUUUUUAGGAUAUAUGGUUUUAUUUACACACAUAAAAGGUGGAGGGACUCACAGCAUUAACACCCCAACAGAUCUUGCCUCUCCAUUGGUCACAACUUUGGAUCCAGCACACAGCAAGCAGGUCUCUGUGUCUCCAGCUCCCAGCCUUCUUCCAGCUCAUCCCCUUAUAUACACACACACCUCAGCUAUUUUUCUCCUAGGUAGCAGCUGGAGGAGGAGGGUGGAGGAAAGGCCCACCCCUUAGCCUUGAGGGCACCAUCACUGACUCCUUUUGGAAGUGAAGCAUUGUCCAGACCCAUUAAAUAUUACUGAAAUCUCCAAAACGAAGCAGAAACAUCAAAUGAUACAUUCAACAUAUCCAUACAAUGUAUUGUGCUGUCCAGCACAGACCCAGAAUCUUAGAAAUAAAAUACAACUCCAAUAAUUAAAAGGUGUCUCUCUCUCUCUCUCCUAUUCCAGCCUGCCUUACCCUGCUUAAGGCUUUGUAGAUCUUGGGGAGCCAUUGACAUGCUUUUGUUCUGUGUGGCAUUCAGAGAAAGACUAAAGCCACCACCCUUUCAAGAUGGCGAAUUUGCUAGUCAACAGCUUCAUCACAUGAUCAAAAGUUGCAUUCAGUUUAGAGCUAGAAAACAACCAACACAUAAUCAUUAACCCUUUAAGAAGCUUAGCAACCACUUAGAAAGCUACUGUGGAAAGACCCAAAUGGUAACAAUAUACAUUUAGUUAUUCUUCAUGUUAAACCUUGAUUAAUACACAUAAGCAUUUUCCCAUUUCUGUGUGAAUUAAACUGUGUGAGAUCAAUACAGGAUCUCAAAGCAGCUGUCUUUUUACAAAAGAAUUUCAGAAACAGACUUGAAAGGGAAGUUGCUGAAUUACAAUUUAUCACUAAACUGAAAACUAUGGAGAGACCUGGUCUUAACAGAGAUAUCGGAUUCCUGUCUCAUUACAUAUGCUAAUCAUCUGCAUACUAUCCCUUGUUUUUUCCUGUAGGACUAAUUGCAAUCGUUAACAGUCAUCAACAGGUUUACCAUACCCAUUGAAUCAAUCACCCAUCUCCUACUACCCUCCUGAGGAAAAACCCCACCCCACCCUCCCACCUAUAUAUAAGGGUCUGGUGACUUCUAUUUCAGUGUAUAUGAAGAAGUGUACAUGCACACGAAAGCUUAUACCAAGAACAAACUUAGUUGGUCUCUAAGGUGCUACUGGACAUUUACACACACACACACAUAUAUAGACUGCGUCAGACCAACACAGCUACCUACCUGAAUUAAACCAAUUAUACUUAACUGACCCUGUAGAAAUGGCCCUCAGACCCGUCAAUGUUCCCUUAGGACUCCUAGUCAGAGCUUGCCAAAUGACUCCUCUGACAGCUCCUCCAUCAGUCACAGUUCUUUCACUGCCACCACCUGAAUUCUUUUCACUCAAGUGUUUAUAGCACCUCAACACUUUUUUACUCACCUCCAUGAUAUUUCCAUCACCCCCUUUCUUUCCCACAUAUUCACCCUCCUCCACCUUCUCCCAGUAAAAGAAAGCACUUCUUCAUGCUGCACAGACUAUGGAACUCCCUCCCACAGGAGGCGGUGAUGGCCACCAACUUGGAUGGCUUUAGAAGAGGAUGAGACAAAUUCUUGGAGGAGAGGGCCAUCGAUGGCUCCUAGCCAGGAUGGCUCUGCUCUGCCUCCACAGCUGCAGUUCCCCCUGCAGGAGGCAAGAGUACUUGCAUGCUCAGCUUCUCUUCUGGUUGGCCCCUGUGAGAACAAGAUACUGGGCUAGAUGGCCCAUUGGCCUGAUCCAGCAGGCUCUUCUUAUGUUCUGAACCAUUUCUUCAUAGCACACACUCUUCCCUUUCUCCUCUCUAUCACUCUUAAUGCCCUUGUGUUUAGCCCCCCUCCCAGUCUUCUAGAUGUUGUCCUAGCCACUCUGUGACCUUUUGUCCCUCUCUCCUCCCCACUAGCUUGCUCACUGCACUCUUGCUUGAUUUCUGACUCCUGACUUUCCAAGUGUUUCUGCUAUGUUAUUUUAGAUUGUAAGCUCCUCAGACCUCUUGGCUCUCCUUUGGUUCCCUGCUUGGGGACACCCCCACACCCCACACCUCUGUGGCUUUUUCUCCCUGCCAAUUGGGCAUGGAUCCUUUGUCGCCAUUGAGUCCUCCCCCACAUUUCUGGGAUGUGCAGUGCUCCACUUGGAGAUGCUCUGCCUGCCCACUGGAACUCUGAGGAGGCAGCAGCAGAAGAGAAGGAUGUGAGUCAUCAUGGACCUUUUGGAUGGAAGAAAAGGGAGCCGAGGAAAGAGAGGAUGCCCUUUUAUUUCUCAAGCACCUAUCAUGAAAACAUCUUGGGGGAGGGUUAAAAUAAGCCCCAUACCCAAUACAAUAACAACAAUACAAUAAUUCCAGCUGCAUUAACUGUCAGUACAAAAAGUAGCCUAAACGGUCAAAACAAAUGGCUCACAUCUGAAGCCUUGGAUGGCUUUAAAAGAGGAUUGGACAGACUCAUGGAGGAGAAGGCUAUCAGUGUCUUCUAGCCAUGAGGCCCAUGUUCUGCCUCCAUGGCCAGAGACAGUGAGGCUUCUGAAUGCCAGUGGCAGGAAGCUGCAGAAGGAGACAGUGGCUCUUGUGCUUGUGGCUUCCCAUUGGGGCCUCUGGGUGGCCACUGAGAGAACAGGGUGCUGGGUGAGGUGAGCCAUUGGCCUGAUCCAGCAGGUGCUCUUCUUAUUUUAUUAAAGGCCUCGGUAAACAAAAAAAAUAUGCAAAUGAAAGAUAUGAAGGAGGAAAAACCAGAGGGGAAAAGUUAAGUCUUGAAGAACAUUUCAAAAGGUGCAAGAGGAAACAUGAGGUUGAGAAUCCCAGCGGGAGAGGCGGAAGAGGGAAGGGUUGAAACUCGGAGUACAUGUGAAAAGGGUCUUGGUGGACCACAAGCUUAACAUGAGUCAACAGGGUGAUGCAGUAGCAAAAAAAGCUAAUGUGAUUUUAGGCUGCAUCAACAGAAGUCUACUGUCCAGAUCCAGGGAAGUAAUAGUACCACUCUAUUCUGCCUUAGUCAGACCACACCUGGAAUACUGUGUCCAGUUCUGGGCACCACAAUUUAAGAAGGAUGUUGACAAGCUGGAACGUGUGCAGAGGAGGGCAACCAAGAUGAUCAAGGGUCUGGAAACUAAGCUUUAUGAGGAGCGCUUGAAGGAGGAGACUGAGAGGAGAUAUGAUGGCCAUCUUCAAAUAUCUUAAGGGCUGUCACAUGGAGGAGGGAGCAUGCUUGAUUUCUCCUGCUAUGGAGGGUAGGACUCGAACCGAUGGCUUCAAGUUACAAGAAAAGUGAUUCCGACUAAAAAUUCAGAAAAACUUUCUGACAGUAAGAGCCGUUCAGCAGUGGAACCAACUCCCACGAGAGGUGCUGGACUCUCCUUCCUUGGAGGUUUUCAAACAGAGGUUGGAUGACCAUCUGUCAUGGAUGCUUUAGCUGAGAUGCCAGCAUUGCAGGGGGUUGGACUAGAUGAGCCUAGGGGUCCCUUCCAACUACAGUAUAUGAUUCUAUGAAAGCAGCAUUCAGGACCUGGGUACGUCUGGAUUGUGAGGUCUCUUGGCCUAAUGGAGUCUGAGCUUGUUGUGAGAGGUUUUUUCUUCUUUUGCAAGGCCCUGGCAAGGGAGUGAAAAAUGCUUCAGGGUUCAGCUGUGUGCUGUGACUUCUCUCCCCAAAUAUUCAGAGAACAUUUCAAGCGGCAGACAUACCGGUAAUUAAAUGAUGCACAGCUGGUGUGGAAUAUGCCUCAGGAGUGUUUGACUGCGAUUCCCAGUGCACUUCCUCUUGAGUCAACACCAUGGAAAUCAAGGGGACUUACGACUAAGUCCAUUUAGGGCUGGGCUUUCAUAAUUUAAUUGGAUCGCUGCUGUGCGAGGCUGUUCCCCAGUUUGAUAGCCUAUAAAUCUGACAUGGGAGUCAGGCUGUAAAAAUUCUCCCAGUGGCUUAAAAAGGCUGUUUAUCACAGCUGACUUUCAAUUGUUUCCUUUUCUGUAGUUUGCACACAAGCGAUGGCCCAUUCCACAACUCGUAACUUUCAUGAGAAAGUGAUUGCAUGACAAGGGAAAAGGGACUUGCUCCAUUUGUGCUCUCCCUCUCCUGACAUUUCAGCAAUAACCUCUAAUGAAGCAUCACACAGUUUCCUCGUGAAGAUUUUAUUCUCCUAAUGUUUUAUAUUUGCAAGACUCCUCUGGGUGUGUGCAUCCAGCACCACAGGCAUAGAAAACCAUAGGUCAGCCUUUGGCAACGUGGUGCCCUCCAGAUGUUUUUGGACAUCAACUCCCAUCAGCCCCAGCCAGAACAACCAUAAGGCAGAAGGGCCAAUGGGAGCACAGCCAUGCUGCCUGGGGCUGAUGAGAAUUGGAAGCAGAAACACCUGGAGGGCACCAGGUUGGGGAAGGCUGCUGCAAAUACUUGCUAAAUUUCUCACACAAUCUCUGGCCUCUCCUUUUGCAGCUGGAGGCAGAAAUGCUUCUGAAUACCAGCCGCCAGAAACCACAGGAGGGGAUGGGGCUCUUGUGAAUCCUCCUUAGGUUUCCCAUAGACAUCUGGCUGGCCACUGUGAGAACAGGAUGCUGGUCUAGAUGGGUCGUUGGCCUGAUCCAGCUCUUAUGAUGGGUGUGGUGGAGUUUAGUCUGCUCAUUCCUGAUCACCCUUGUGGACAAAUAGCCUUUACAUGUGGCCUUUUGUCUGUGAACAUUUCAGGACCCUUUGGCAUCUCAUAAAAAUGUCAGAUGUGCUUAUUGCGCCCCUCUCCUUGCCUCCAUUGAGGCUGGAAUGAGGCCCCUUCUUUUAGCUCUACAGUCACCCUUCGGAAAACAACAAACAACUCAGUUCCUUCCAAGUGUUUUCCUCUUGUGCUAAGGACCAUCUGGGUGCCAUGUUGAACUUGAGAAAUGCUUUGUUGUCAUGGAAAUAUCUGAAAGGCCACAAUGUAAUAGUAAAAUAAGAAAAAGUGGUGUCGCUUUAUGUGUUGUUCCUCUUUUACUUGAGGAGGAAAUAUAUGGAGUGUUAAGUUUUCUUGCUUGGCAGUGGGCCCAUUCUCUUUCAGUGCUGCUGAUAAAUACAGCUCUAUUCACUCAUAGCUCAAGAUCUGGAGUCCUCUGGAAGGUGGGCUCUGCCUGUUCCCAUCACUGAGCAGGUUCAGGUCACUGCUGAGGUGGGCGGACUGGGAACGGUCACCACAACUGUGUGUACCAAACCAUCACCCAACAUGAGCCUGACACUUAAGCUCCCACCAUCUAUUAAGGUCCAAUGGAAGAUUCUUGCUCAGAGUUACUUUGUUUAGAUCAGGGGUCAGCAAAUCUUUUCAGCAGGGGGCCGGUCCACUGUCCCUCAGACCUUGUGGGGGGCCGAACUAUAUAUUUUUUGGCAGCGGGGAAUGAACAAAUUCCUAUGCCCCACAAAUAAUCCAGAGAUGCAUUUUAAACAAAAGGACACAUUCUACUCAUGUAAAAACACGCUGAUUCCCAGACCAUCUGCGGGCCGGAUUUAGAAGGCAAUUGGGCCAGAUCCGGCCCCCGGGCCUUAGUUUGCCUACACAUGGUUUUCUAAAGUGGGUUUGCAAACCUGUGAUUGUGUUUAGAAUGUGAUAACUGUUUUUAGAAUGCUUUUUUAAAAAAAGUUUUAUUGUGGAUGUGUUUGCCACCCUGGGCAGAUUGCAGAGGAACAGCUGGGUAUGCUGGAAGACUGAGGACAAAUACCAAAAAAGUACUUCAUCACACAACACAUGGGACUCACUCUCACAGGAGGCAGUGAUGGUGACCAAAUAGAGGGCUGGACAAAUUUAUGGAGGAGGAUACAGCAAACAGUGGCUGCUAGCCAUGAUGGCUCUGCUCUGUCUCCAUGGUCAGAUGUAGGAAUGCUUCUGAAUACCAGUUGCUGGAAGCCAGAGGAAGGGAGAAGGCUGCUCUUGUGCUCAGGUCUUGCUUUCCAGUUUCCAAAAAGGCAUCUGGUUGGGCACUAUGAGGGUAGGAUGCUGGACUAGAUGGGCUGUUGGCUUGAUCCAGCCAGCUCCUCUGAUAUUCUUGGUGCUGACCUUUAAAGCCCUAAAUGGCCUCAGCUUUGUAUACCUGGUCUCCACCUCCAUCGUUCAGCCCGGAGACCGAGGUCCGGCUCUGAAGGUCUUCACCCAUUGCGAGAUGUGAAAUUACAGGGAACCAGGCAGAGGGCCUUCUUAGCAGUGGCUCCCGCCUUUCUUUGACAUCUCACUCAUGUGACUUUUUGGCCUUUGCUUUGGGUAUCACACGAGCUGCCAAGGCAAGGAAAGCAACAACUGGCUAAGCUGACACAUUGCCAAGGAGGAUUCAGAAGGUUAUACCACUGCAAAGCACGUCAGCUCAGAAAAGCUUUAUUUCCUAUAAUGCAGUCAGCAACACAGUGCCCACGAAUGCUCAUGCUCUUCCAUUGGUUGGGGUGAGUCAGUUGGCUCAGGUGGUAUCUGCUGGGGGUCGGCUGCCCCCUGCUUGCUCCUCCUGAGCUCCCCUCAGCCACCCCCCUCUGUUGGAGGGGAGACCUGGGAUUGCUGCAUGGACUGUGCUGACCACCCUGAACUCACCUGCUGCCUCAGGUGAGGUAGCGGAUGCUGCUUGUUCAACAGUGUUGAAGUUAGAAUCAGCUGCCGGUCUGCUUGACUCCUCUGCAUGGAGCAGAGAGAGGUGCCUUGGGCUGGCCCUGCUGAGCUGUGGCUCACCUGUUCUUUUUAUGUGGGGAUCCAGAGGCAUCUGGCUCACUCCUCUCAAAAAGACUAGACUUCAGCUUGAUACAAAUUAAGUACUGUAGAGGGUUUUGGUUUUUUCUUUUGUGGGGUAUGAAAGCUGCUGCUGCUCCUUCUAAAGAGACCUUUGGGCAGACACAGAUGAUGCACAACCAGUCAUUUUUGUCUCUUUACUCCUGCUCCUUACUUCCUUUCAUCUAGCCUGAUGAAGAGUUCUAGGGAACUGAAAAGCUUGCACAUUCUAGGACAUUUUGGUUGUUCUUGGAAAGGUAUUGGCUUAAUAAAGAUUUUGGAACAUUUUAAAAACAGGUAACUUUUCCAAUCUGACAGCAUAGGUGGAAUUGGUGAGCUAACUUUCUGCUGCCUCUAUCAGGAUCGGGAAACACCGAUAUUUAGUAAAUAAGCAUCAUGGGUGCCAACACAGAAAAGAUCCUACUCCAUGUUCCCUUGGAUUUCCCCUCAGGAAAUAGAGGGUGACUGAGGAAGGCUGCAUCAUAACAACGCUAUGAGCCUGCUGGAUCCGGCCAAGGGCCCAUCUAGUCCAGCAUCCUGCUCUCACAGGGGCCAACCAGGAGCUCCAGUGGGAAACCUGCUAUCAGGACCUGAGUCCUCUCCCCUCCUGUGGUUUCCAGCAACUGAUAUUCAGAAGCAUUGCUGCCUCCUGCUGUGGAGGCAGAGCAGAGCCACUUGCUAGUAGCCAUGGAAAGCCUUCUCCUCCCUGAAUUUGUUCAAUCCUCCUUUGAAGCCAUCCGGGUUGGCAGCCAUCACUGCCUCCUAUGGGAACAAGUGCCAUAGUUUAACUAUGUGCUGUGUGAAGAAGGACUUUCUUCUAUCUGUUGUGAAUCUUCCAACAUCACCAUUCCUUAGGUCAGCCUUCCAAAACCUGGUGCCCUCCAGGUGCUUUAGACUACAGUUCCCAUCAAUCCUAACUUCAUACGGCCACGCUGUCCUGGAGUGGAGAGCAGUUGUAGUGCGACACAUCUGGGGGGCACCUGGGUGGCAAAGUUGGCCUUAAAGAAUUGGGGGAAACAUACGGGGGGUGAGGAGCCCCUUCUCCUUUUUUACUUUCUGCUCCUACAUUUUAAUUUCUCCCUCUUCCAGGUAUAUGGCCAUUAUCCGCCCGCUGCAACCAAGGCUAUCGGCCUCAGCCACCAAGGUCGUCAUCUGUGUCAUCUGGUUACUGGCUUUAUUGCUGUCAUUCCCACAAGGCUACUACGCAACAACAGCCGAGCUCCCUGGCCGAGUGGUGUGUCUGGUGGACUGGCCAGAAAAUACAACUCAUACCUAUCAAAUAACGUGAGUUCUUAUGUUUCCUUUGCAAUAGAAUCAUCCUUGGGUUGUGAAGAGAACUCAUGACAUUGUCCCAAUCCAGCAGUGUCCUGAUUAUCCUAGAAGAUGCAAAGAACAUGACAUAAGAGCAUGAGAAGACUUUGCUGGAUCAGACCAAUGGCCCAUCUGGUGCAGCAUCCUGUACUCACAGUGGCCAACCAGAUGCCCCAAAGGGAAACCAGCAAGCAGGAUCCGGGUACAAGAGCACACUCCCCUCUUGUGGUUUCCAGCAGCUGGUAUUCAGGAGCAUUAUGGCCUCCGACCAAGAAGGCAGAGCAGAGCCAUCUUGACUUAUAGCCAUUGAUAGCCCUCUCCUCCUCCAUGAAUUUGUCUCAUCCUCUUUUAAAGCCAUCUGAGUUGGGGGCCAUCACUGCUUCCUGUAGGAGGGAGUUCCAUAGUUUAACUAUGUGCUGCAUGAAGAAGUCCUAGCAUGGAAUCAUGCUCAGGUUCCCAAUGUCAACUGGAGGAAGGCUCCAAUCCAUAUAAUUCUAUAGUCACUUUACCUUUUGAGGGGGUGGGGGAGCCCUCAGCACCUCCUCCUGCACUUCCUGGCCUGAGGAUGUGAUUCUCCAACCACCUCCAAAGUCUGAAGAUGCUACCCCAGAAGCUGCAUUUGUUCUACAGGCAUUCAGAACCAUGUGGCUGCAGAAUUGACCACAGGCCCUUUAAAGAUGGCACACAGUUUUUCUCAGGGGUGGGGAGCCCUCAGAUGAGUCUGAGAAAGCAGCAUCUUCCAAACCACAGCCAAGAGGGCCUGGCAGAAUUGUGGUCCCUUCCCCUGUGCCCAUCAGAGCAGCAUAGCCAUAGAAUUACAGGAUUGCAGAGCUGGAAAGGAUCCCAAGGAUCAUUUAGUCCAGUGUUGGCCAAACCUGGCCCUCCAGCUGUUUCGGGACUACAAUUCCCAUCAUCCCUGACCACUGGUCCUGUUAGCUAGGGAUGAUGGGAGUUGUAGACCAAAACAGUUGGAGGAUCAAGUUUGGCCAACACUGAUUUAGUCCAACCCCCUGCAAUGUUAGAUCACAGCUAAAGAAUCCCUGACAGAUGGCCAUCAAAACUCUGUUUAAAAACCUCCAAUGAAAAAGGGUCCACCUCCGUCUGAGAUGGUCAGAAAGUUCUUAAUUUUUAGUGAGAAUCUCCUUUCUUGUCAUUUGAUUCCAUUGGUUCAGGCCCUGCCCUCUGGAGCAGCAGAAAACGAGCUUGCUCCACCUUCCAUGAGACAGCCCUUCAGAUAUUUGGCUCUCAUAUUUCCUCUCAGUCUUUUCUUCUCCUGUCUAAACAUGCUCAGUUCCCUCAACUGUUUCUCAUAAGGCUUGGUUUUCAGACCCUUUAUCAUCUUGGUCGCCCUCCAGCCAUGUUGCAGUGCCUCAGUUUCCCCUGAGUAAUGAAUAUUGCUACAUCUAGUUCAGCCCUUUGUUUCCUGCAGUUACCGUACUCUGGUGAUAUACAGCAGCUUCUCUGAAAUCCCAAAUCUCCUCUGAAAUCCAUUGGGUUCAAACAGUACUGUCACUCUCCACAAAGAGGUAUGUUCCCAUUUGGAUCCAAAGUCCGUUUAGCAAUGUUGCAUAUUCCCUGUGAUUGCUUUACCUGACCUGAUUGGGAAUCUGUGGGAGCAUCACUUUGUCUGACAUGCAGCUCCAUGUAAAUAUGAUGCCAUCUCAGACACUGAGGUCAUCCUUGCAACAAUAACACUUGCUGGGGGUUUGGCUGUCCUGCUAAAAUGGCAGAUAUCAGGAUUUGUAGCUCAUUGUCCAGUUAUGUAGCUUUAUAAAUCUUGUCCUGACUUUGGGGUGUUUUGAUUAAUGCCUUCUUCUGGAACUUCCUUUGCUUCAUGUAAGUUGAAUAUUUCACAGUCUCGUUUGUCUGUCUAUAUUUCCUGCAGCCAGUGUGACUUGUACAGCAAAUUCUCUAUAAACAUCUGAUGUCUUUUCUUUUUUUAAGAUGGUGCUUCUAAGCCUGUUGCAUGUGCUGGGAGCAUUUUGGACUGGACAAUAACAGCUUCUUUAAAAUGGCUCUCAGUGGUUUAUGAGCAUUGUGUCAACUGAGAUAGAAAUUUGGCCUCUUUUACGCUGGUUGAUUCCAAGGAAAAUACGAUUGCUAGACAUUCUUUUCCCCAUUUGGACACACUGCUGCUAAUUCAGUGAUAAAUUUCUUGACACAAACAUGGCAAGCUGAGCAUUUUGCAAAAGGAGGUUCACCAGGGCCACUUUCACUGGCAGUGGAUAUGUCAUAAUAUUUUGAAGCAGAGUGAUGGAUAAGUAAAGCACAUGGUUGCAGAGAGCUGGUGAAAGGAUUUUAUUUAUUUAUUUAUUUAUUUAUUUGAGAUAUUUUCUUGGUUUACAAAAGUAGAUGCCUUCUCUCUUUUUUAUAGGUUGUGCAGUAUUUCUUACACAUCAGUUACGUUUGUUGUGAGACAUUAGUGUUGAGUACCGUAUAAGGUUGGGGAAGAAGAGGGGAGAGAGGAGACGUGGGGUGGUGAGGCUUUGUGUAGUGUAUGUGUGGGGUUUUGUCAACUGGGUAGCUUCUCUUUCUAUUUGCUUAUUACAUUUCCCUGGUAGUGAGAGGGAUUGGGGGAGUCCAGGGUGUGGCUGGUUGUCUGUCGUUGGCUGCAUUUGUGAGUGGGGGGAGGGCUUGUUGGGUCAGGGAAGCCAGAUUGAUUCAUAUGCUAUCGGUGGAUUCUUCUUGUUGUCUUGUUGGGCUGUGUAUGUGAUAUAGGGGAGCCAUACUGGGGUGAAGGAGUCCUCUUCUAUUUGUCCCAGUGUCAGUUUCAGGUUAUUGGUUAGCUUUUCUAGUAAGGCCGUUUCCCAUGCAAUUUGAGACCAUUGGUCCAUGUUUACUCCUGACAGGUCUCUCCAGCAUCUGGCUAUGAGUCUUCUGGCUGCUGAAAGUAGAUAGGUUAUAAGCUCUGUAUAAUGUGAGUGGUCACUGUGAUAUUGGAAGAUGUUCAGUAGGGCCAGUUCUGGGGUGAGUUCUAAUACCUGUUUAGUUAUUUUGCAUAUCUCUUGUAUGACUGCUCUCCAGAAGGGUUGGAUUUUAGGGCAUUCCCACCAUUGCAUGUUUUAUCCUUGCUCCCAAACUGCAGGUUUAUUUGACUGUCUGUAUACCAACUUUUCAAAGUCUGCUAGUCAUUUGUACAUCCAGCACCUUCCUGCUGCCUCCUUGCCUCUUAACACUCCCUAGGUGAAUUCCACUGUUCCCCAGGGGGCAGCACUGUCCACCUAGGGGACCAGUGGGUUUAGAGUGUUGGACAAUGACCUGGAAGAUCAGGGUUCAAAUUCAGCCAUGAAGCAUGCUGGGUGACCUUGAGGCUGUCACUGUCUGUUGGGUAUCUGAGGAUAAAAUAAAUAAUAAAAUUAUGAUUAUUAGUUUGAUGUUUUAUUAUGUUAAGAGUGGCUGGGGAAACCCAGCCAGAUGGGCAGGUUGUUGUUCUUUGUUUGUUGUUUGUUUGUUUGUUAUUAAACAGGAAAAGAGAGAGCCAUUUAUACGAUCUUGAGCUUCUCAGUGGUAAGAUGCAAUGGAAUGAAUGUAUGUAUGAAUAAAUGAAUACUAUUAAAAAUAAAUUUAGAUGCCCCAUUAAAUCAACAUAAGAUCAUGCUUGGGAUCAAUGGCUACUUCUCAGAGGACCUGCCCCACCAUCCAUAACUUGUGGCGCACUGGUUUGGAUGCCAAAACAACUCUGCUUUUGCCUUGGAGACAAGUGCCCCCUGACACCCGCCCCCAGAAAUGGAGAUAUUACCAGUUUUCAUUACCAGAAGGUCAUUUGCUUUGACAUCAUAUUUUCAUUCAGCUCAGAGAAAUUGGCUCGUUUCCUCGGCAGCCAAUUUAUUACCGUCAUGAUCCAUCUUUCUGUGCUUAGCAAACAUUGUUCCCAUAACCAAUCUGAUUAUAUGCCUUAGUUGAAGCAUUUUAGUGAGUCCGCAGCUUGCAUUUUAGAUGUUGGUUUUUAUAACUGGAUUUCAGAUGUCACUGUGGAUAUUGCAAUGCUUUCCAGCAUUCUAUUUCCUGCCUCUCUGAUUUGCUGUAGUGAAAUAUGAGGGCACAUAAAUCAACUGGUUGGUGGGGACAGGGAAUGUCGGGAGAUGGUUGUUAAAUGUGAAGCCUGCUGCUCUCAUUCAGGGGCCCCUUCUCUGUUGUCUUCACGGAGCCCCUCUCCCCCAUUUACAAGAGCUUCCCAUGCAUUAUAAUGGAGAGAACUGCUUGGGAUGUACAAGCUGCUGCGUCCCAAUACUGAAGGCUAGUUUAACAGCUGAUCUAUGUGUGCUCCCGGAAGCAUGCAGAGGUCUGGAAUGAAGCCACGUACUCUUCUUUUGCAGGCUGAGCUUUAUAAUGUGAUCUUUAUUAGGGGUAGGUGAAACCUGUCUCAUUAUUCCCAGGAGUAGCUUCAUCUUGCCAACUAUGGGCACUGCAUGUUCAGGACACACAGCCACAGAAGUAGUUAUGUGUCUUAUGUUAAGUGAAUCCAGGUAAGUUUGCAUGGGGGUCAGACGAGAUGACCCUUUGGUUCCCUUCCAACUCCACAAUUCUACGUUUCUAACCUGUAAGGCACCACAAUGGUAGCAUUGGAAGCAAUAAUCAUACUUCUUCUUCUUCUUCUGAUUCACUGUGAGGAAAGACAACCUAAUGUGUUCCCUGGAAAUUGUUCCUUGGGUCAAGUGUUCAUAUAACGAGUUGAUUAUUUCCAUUGAUUCCUAUGGGAAAUUUUCUAAUACAUUUCCGACCACGAAAUUUUGACUCCCAAAAGCAAAACAAACAAACAAACAAACAAACAAACAAACAGGAAAACCCAGAAAAAUCCUCUCUGAUUUGUCCAAAGACUCACCUUCCCUCCCUCCUUUCCUCAGCUAACCAGGAAAUGGUCUCUGCAUUUCUGAAUUUACGGUGCAUUUAACAAGGUUUGGGUACUAAUUUCUUGUGUUCAGAUUAAGUGAAUUUUCACAUAGCAAAUGUUCGUAAAGCAGGACUUGAGUGAGGUAGUUGUUUUUUCUUAGAUUUAUACCCUGCACGUUCCCCCAAAGGAGUCCUCCUUUGCCAGCUUCCUGGUUAGACUGCUGCAAUGUGUUAUACACUAGGCUGCCUUUGGAGACAGUUUGGCAACUGCAGAUUAUUCCCAGUGCAGCACCCAGGCCACUAACUGGGACUAAGCAUUUUGGUCCAGUACUUAUGUGACUUUCACUCAGGACUUUCACUUCAUUUCCAGGUCCAGCUCAAGGUGAGGAUGGGGGAGAAAGUAGUUCAGUUUGCACACCUUCUGAACCGCUAUGCGGUUCAGGAUAACAGAGCUAUCCUGUGAAAUUUGUACUUCUUAAAUUUUUAUGACGUAGUUAUCCAACCAGAAAUGCAUCUUUAAAAACGUAUAUUAGGGGGAAAGUUCAUAUAUUAGUGUAAAUAACAUACAGAGAUAUAAUAAAUUUGAAGAAAUGGCUUAUAAAACUGUUUAGAGGGGAAGAUGCACACAAAAAUGAGUAUAUUAAGAGAAAUAUAUUCUUGCUACAGUACUGCUGUUGGGAGUAACUGUUAGGGAUCUAGGCAGAAAAGUGUGAGUCAUGUACUCAGGUUACCAUUGUGAGUUUUGGAGACUGGCUGUUCUGUGCAAAGCACUCCUCUGUUGUACAACAUAUCCUUUCCUCAGGUUCCCUCUUCUGAGCUCUAAGUGUGCAGGACACAAAGCCAAAGAGAUAGAGCCCCGUCAUCUGAAACUGUGUACAAACCAUACCUUUAAAGCACAUUCAGAACACAUCCUUUCCCUCAAAGAAUCCUAGGAAUUGUAAGUUGUUAAGGGUGCUGAGAGUCAUCAGAAAAACCACCACCCUAUUCCCCUCACACAGCUACAAUUCCCAGAGUGGUUUAAUAAUAUGUUUUCCCAUGGAACUCUGGGAAUUGUAGCUCAGUACAACUCCCAGGAUUCUUUGGGUGAAUCCAUGGCUGUUAAAGUGGUAUGAGAGCACUUCCAAUGUAGGAGGCAGAUGCUGGAUAGUUGCUGGUCCAGAGAUAAGUCAACUCACCGAACUCACUGUUCAGUCCCAAAACAGCAUCGUUUCAGCAGGGGCCGUUCCAGGCCAGGGGCUGGAGGCAGGGGAUAGUGCCAAAGAGACAAGAUCAAGUUCCAAAGAAAGAGCACUCAGGCUCUCAGGGUCUGGGGCACAUGCAUUGCAGGCGGUUGGACUAGAUGGCCCUUGGGACCCAUUCGAGCUGUACAGCUGUAUCACUUACAUAGUGAGAGCCGGGAACAAGGUCAAGAUGUGAGGCAGCAGGAGUGUGUGCGUUAUCAACUAAAUAUAUGGCACGUAGGAGAAACAGCUAUAACCCAGGAGGGCACCUCUUGCAAGUCAUCUCUUCAGGAGACGUUUGUUGCCCUGCUAUGCAGGCUCCCAGAUCUCAGCAGAAAUCACAUUUGUGUUAACCAUCAGCUCUGAUUGUAGCAAGUGUCUACACUUAUUUAUUUCAUUUAUACCCCACCAUCUUUCUCCUAAGGAGCUCAAAGUGGCACACAGGGUUCUCGCCUUCCUUAUUCAAUCCCCAGAACAUCCCUGUAAGGUAGGUUAGACUAAGAGGCAGUGAUUUGCCUAAGGUCACCCACCCAGGGAACUUCAUGGCCAAGUGGGGAUUCAAACCCUGAUCUCUCCCAGGUCCUAAUCUAUCUGCUACACCACGCUGGCUCUCAUAAACAGCACGGCAGAAGUAGAGGUCUGGGAGCCCAGGAGCAGAGCUGAGCUCAAAGUAUGAGGUGGGUCCCAAUUCAAGGCAACAGUCAGGGAAAGGAGGCAGGUGUAGACAGGGUCCAUGCAUUGGCAAUUGUGGGAAUGUUCAGGGAUGCAGGAGAGGAUAUAUUGUUUGAUUAUAGCCUUUCCAACUUGUGUUAACACGUUCACAAUUUAGCAGAGUAACAUUCCCCCUUUUUUAAACUCACAGCGGAUGCGUUUGCUCAGGCUCGCUAAAGCCUCUAUAAUAACUGUUCUGGUAUUUUCCCCUUAUUCCCUCAUAAAAGAUAAGACACGGCACAGUCUUCUAUAAAAGUAUAAAAAGAGUUUACUCACUCACAUUCUGUUCACAAUCAGAUCCCAGAAGGCAGACUUAGUUUCCAGGUGUAUGUUACUUUUCUAAGCUAUCUCAUAAGGAGACAGUCCCUUUGUCCUCUCUUGGCUGGAGAGCAUCUUUGGCUAAGCAGAUGUUGCUUCUUUGAUGAAAGUAGUCACAGAGAGAGAUGGCUGUCUUGGCCUGUGCUUUUGUCGUUACCUGCACAGGUGAGGCCACGCCCACCACUAGUCACAUGCAGAGGAAGUCUGUCCCAGCCCAGAAGGAAACAGGAAGUUUACCUGCUGGCUGGACAAACAUUCCUCCCCAUGUGUAAACAUGUUCACUCUAGGAAUGUUGUACUUGACUGCUCUUGUGUUUCACAUCCCACAGCAAUAUGUUGUUUAGCUUGAAGGGCAGGUUCUGAGGCCCUGGAUUUCUAGAGCCAGGUUCCUGGAGACUGGCCCUUGGGGUCAGCUGAUUGAAUGCUGAGGCUGACAGAUAUGGCAGGACCCAGACCAGGCAUCCUCUCGGGAUUGUAGGUGAACAGAGCAGUGGGGUUGCAGGAGGCAAGGUGUGGGAGUCUGUCUGCUGGAAAUCCUGGUUUGAGAGACACCCUCUCCCUUCCACAAUUCGACUGCAGAGAGAGAGAGAGAGAUGCCGUCACAACAAACAGGUUCCAUUCAGGCAAGAAGUAUGCAUUGAGAUAGAGCUCGGCACUCAUUUCAUAGAAACAUGAUCAAGAACUUGUAGGAUUUUGAUUGCGGGAUCAUUUCAGGCAAAGGCGGCUCUGAAAGGAAGGCUGGUUUUAAAAAGAAGAAAAAUCUACAUCUCAUUUGAAUCACAUUUGGUUUUUUUAAAAAAUCUCUGCUUGUUUAGCAUGGCAGCCAAGAAGAAUAGAAAUAGGAAGGUACCUUGAAGUACCUGAAGACAGGUGUUCAGGGCUAUUCAAGCUCAUUUCAUGAUGAGCUUGAAUCAUGACAUGGGUAUGAAACACUUCUUCACAGAUGAGAUUCAGCCCAUGCUACAAGCUGUAUGUCUGAACCUACAUGUGUGUCUUGGAACUCAAAGACUAGAUGACCCUACAAUUCUAUGCUUCUGUCUGUACUUCUACACACACUUCUGAGAGGUUGGGAUCUUUUUGCUGGAGUUAGAGUGUGUGUCUGUUAUGAAUACGUGUUUGCCCUUAACCUUAUGCCCCAAGAAGUUCAUGCACAAGAGGAAAGGAGAGAGGUUGGUUUAUUACAUGAAAUGAAAGUGACAGAGUAUGUGGAUGGUGCUUUUGUUUGAGAGAUGAUAAUAAAAAUUUGCUGAUAACACAAGAUUAGUAUGCUGAUCUUUGCAUUAAGUGUUAAGAAGUCAGAAUAUUUACCUAUCCCUUCCAGAACACAUUUAUGAUCAAGACUUGUACCAGAGCUAAAAUAGUUUAACAACUGGGGGGAUAUUAUAUAUCAUGCCAACUUUGCUGAUAUGAUGAUGUGCAGAAAUAAGCCCCAUGGAGGUCUAGACUGGCACACCAUUGCAUCCAUUCCUCCUGUGCUCUCUAUAAAAUAUUAUUUGCACAAACACAAAUAAAUAUGAAAUUUGGUGUAACUUUUGGAAGUGACAUAGGAUCAAAAAACUCUUGGCUUCACAGUUUCCUGUCAUGUCAUCAUAACUCCUGUACAGUGGUACCUCGGGUUAAAAACUUAAUUCGUUCCAGAGGUCUGUUCUUAACCUGAAACUGUUCUUAACCUGAGGUACCACUUUAGCUAAUGGGGCCUCCCGCUGCUGCUGCACAAUUUCUGUUCUCAUCCUGAAGAAAAGAUCUUAACCUGAGGUACUAUUUCUGGGUUAGCGGAGUCUGUAACCAGAAGCGUCUGUAACCAGAAGUGUCAGUAACCUGAGGUACCACUGUACAAGAAAACCUUCUAUUGAAGUGAAUUGGCACAGUUAUUUACUCAACUCAAAGGGGAUUUUGUCUCAACAUGCAUAGAUCUAGUACGUUCCUCAUGCCACAUACAUCACUCACUUCAGGGAAUUCUCUCAUCGCUUGCUGAUUCUGAGUUGGAUGUGUGACCAGACUGCAGUUAAAGUCCUGUAUCUGAAAGCAAUGUCAAAUGAUUUGAAAUUUCCAUCUGUGGUCCUUGAUUUUAGAUGCAGGUAACCAGGAAGGCCAGUGCAGUGUAGGAGCCCUUCAGACAGACACAGAUGAGGACAUUCUGGGGUUGAAAUUCAUGACAUGCCCCCAGCUGUGACUUGCACAUACUCAUUACUUUCUCAGUUUGAUCGGAGGACAUGAUGAAGAACAUCUCUGCCAUGUGGAGGAGGCUGAAGUCAUUGCAGUGUCCUUUCAUUACAUAUUUAUGAAUGCAAAGCAUAAUCUGUUCGUUGAUGUGAUGAUGAAGGCCUCCAGCUUGAUAACAGGCAUUAGAUUCGCACUCUGCCUCCAAGCAGAGACUGAGGCUAAUAACUUGCUGAAAUCUAAAAAAAAACCAUUGGUUUAAUUAAGGUAUCACAUUCUCUCACGCAGAAAGCAGAAAGCUGGCUGCACUGGAUGCCAUGUCAAUAAGGUGAUCAAUGAAAGCAUAAAACUUGUUGAUUUAGAGCACAGCAACCUGUCCCUGGAAAUUGAUAUGCUUCUUUUUGGCAAUCUCCAUUCUCCCCCAAGGGAGUGUAUUAGAAUCAGGAGCGGAGGUGGAAUCUAGUACAAAAAAUGAAUUAUGUAGGUUAGAAUUUGAGUAAAGUUUUUUUUUUUUUAAUCCUCCUUGACUUCAGUAGCUUUUUACUGUUGCUUAGAUGAGAGUCCAGGUCUUGCUUUACUGAGACUCCAAGUAGCAUUCUUCACUCCUCUGUGUCCUCCUUUAUUUUUGCCUGUGCUGAUAAUUGAUACUGUGCUAGGGAAGCCUCUGACAUGGACUGGCUGAGCUGGUACGACAGUCUGGAGUGCUUGUUCCCAGGGAACAAAGCGGUCAGAAUGCUUGUAGUCAGAUUUGUGUGAGGGAAGGGAAAGUUGUCUGACUGGCUAAGAGCCAAACUUUACGUGGGUCCUUGAGAAAGAAAGGUUUGCAACAUGCCAAGGACAGGUAAGAUGUCUUGGGUAGUAGGGUCCCAGAGUCAAGGUGGCUGAAAGAAUUUCAGAUACAGAUUGGAGGGGGGAGGGGGGCAGGCUGCAGAAAUUAUACAUUACUCCAAGAACUGACAGCUCUAAGUUACACAAUAUAAGGUAGCAUUCAUAUUUAUUCUGUAGCAUCUUCCAUGGUCAUAUUUUAGCUUUUAGCUGCUGGUUCUCUCUGGAUACAUCUACAUUAUGGAAUCGUAGAGUUGGAAGGGACCCAAAAGGGUCUUUUAUUCCCUGCAAUGCAUUCUGAAUAGCAAACCCUUCCCUUUAAUCCAAUGUUUCUCAAACUUGGGUAGCCAGCUGUUGUUGGACUUCAACUCCCAUCAUCCCUGACCACUGGUCCUGCUAACUAGGGAUGAUGGGAGUUGUAGUCCAACAACAGCUGGAGACCCAAGUUUGAGAAAUUGCUUUAAUCGCUCACUCUGCUAGAAAUCUUGGGAAUUUAUUUAUUCAUUUAUUUGAAUAUAAUUAUUUAUAUAUAUUUAUAAUACAGCAAAAUAUCAUAACAGAUGCCAAAUAAAAUAAAAGAAGGAGAUAUCUAGAACUAAACACAUUGGAACAAAUUUCCGUACCAAAAUACUGUUGUGCUCACUCUUGCUGAACAAUUUGCCAUAUUUAAUGGGAGAGGAGAGACCACUUUUGAUAGUGCCAGUGGAGGUCAGGGGUGUGUGUUCAGGGCUUUUUUCCAGUCUGAACUUGCUGGAGCUCAGUUCUGGCACUCUCAGGUGGGCACCAUUGCCACUAUAAGAGAACAAGGGUGAGUUCUGGCACCUCUUUUUGUUGAGAAAUAGCACUGGGUAUGUCAUCCAUUGAAACUGUCUGGGAGUGGAUUCAGGACAGAGAAAAGGGAAUACUUUUCCACAUCAUGCAUAUUGACACAAGCUGGUAAAAACACAACAGCGGCUGGGGUGCCAGACCUCCAGAUCUGACCUGAAGUCUCCAGGUUUGCCUGGCUCUCUCCAUGUAGUAGGUGGAAAGCUUGAAUCUUCAGGUGGGCAAGAGUGCCUUUAAUUAUUAUUAUUUCUUAAAUACAUGAAUAAGUCUCACUUUGCAUGCAGCUUGCAAGCUUCAGCUCAGCAGGGCAGUGGCAUGCAGGGAGACUGGGUUAGUCCCCUAAAUGUUCCCCUGGCAUCUUCUUCCCAAAGCCUGGGAAGCUUCUGCCUGGCUUAGGUGGGGAGGCACAAUGCUCACACAUGCGAUGUUAGGACGUCGCAAGGUCACGUGUGUCAUGUCACACUCACCCAAUUCCCCUUGCAAGCUGGCACCUCUGGCCCUAACUCUUCCCCUAUGAAAAAAAUCACUGCACACCAGUGCAACAUUGGCUGACUGCAAGUUAUAGCAUAGGUUUUCUGGGGCAGGGAUCUGCCCUCCUCUGCUCCCGCCUCUCCUCUCCCAGCUAAUAUUUGCCUCCAUGGCAGGAGGGAGCACAGAGGAAGAAAAAGAACUAGGCUGAGCUCAAGAGAAGGAGGAGAGGGUUAGGUCUAUAGCAGAGGUGUCCAAACUUUUUUCAAAGAGGACCAGAUUUGAUGAAGUGAACAUGUGUGAUGGCCAACCAAAGUUGUUGACCUUUUUAUAGGAUUGAAGUUGUGCAGCUUUUAAAAAAAUGGUACACCAGGAAAUAAACUGCCACAGGGGCCGGAUUAAAUUGACUGGCGGGCCGGAUUAGGCCCCCAGGCUGGACUUUGGACAUGCCUGGUCUAUAGGAAGAUAAAUGGGAACUGAAAUGCUUGUGGAUUUAGAGAAAGAAAGAAAGAAAGAAAGAAAGAAAGAAAGAAAGAAAGAAAGAAAGAUUCAGAAAUGUGGGGAACUGAGUUUAUGAUUUGAAAAAAUGUGGAACUGGGAGAAACCAGUACUGACAGAUUGGCCCAUUUGUACCUUGAAGACCAGCUGACCAGGAGGAGGAAAUCCGAUCAGUUCAGUGACUGCCCUGGCAUUUGGAGGCAGGAUGUAAGGUAGGCAGAAUACAGACCUUCUUGGCUUCCACCUGGAAUGCGAGAGUUGCCCCCUUAACCACAGCUGGAAAGGCCUUGCAAGCAGAAGUUCCCAGGUUCUAUCCCCACCAUCUCCAAGAGAAAUGGCCUGAAAUCCUGGUGAGCUGCUGCACGUUUGGGUAGACAGUGCUGAGCCCGAUGUGCCAGUGGUCUGACUCUGUAUAAGGCAGCUUCCUGGGUUCCACAGCUGAGUUACUGUGGCUGCUAAAGUUUCGUCUCAGUGCAGAUCCUUGCCAGCCGGAGCAGGUCAUGGUCUCUGCGAAACCCAUCAGGAUCUCUCCUGCCUGUCUUCCUUCCAGGCUCUGAGGACAAAGCAAACCUCCAAGCCUGGAGGCCUUUUCUUUGUAUUUAAACCUUUUCAUGCCAUCUGUGAGAACCUGUAUGGUGUAGUUCCUGUGCUUUCCAGGACUGGGAAAUCUGCUUUGUGGACAUUAAAAUGAGAACUGUCAUGCUUAAUUAGUGCAAUUCAUUUUCAAUCAACAAAACAGGUAUCUGCAAUUAAUGGUAGCAGAUUUUAUUUUAUUGUCUACCAUUACUUAUAAAAACUGCAGAUGGCAAGAAGCUGUCUCUCUCCCCCUCUGAAGAAAAACAAGUAUUUUCUUUUGUUAGAUUUGUCGUCAUCUUAGCAGAGGGCAAGCUUUGCUCUCAUCUUCCAAGGUGACAGCAAAUCUAGAAAAACAAUUUUUCUUCCCUUCAGACUAUUUUACACAUAUGCAAAUUCAAUAAUUCAUACAAUCAAGAGACCACUAUUUCUUUAAUAGGAUGACAGCCAUAAUUUUUAAAAUGUUCUGAGUAAAGCAGGGUUUAUUCAUGCAGUCAUUUUUAAUGGAACAAGGUGUUAUAUUUCCAAUAAAAUAGAACAAGUUACACAAAGCGCCGUGUUCACACAUCAUAUUGUGGGGCAUGAGCAAAUUGUGCCUGCUUCACUGUGGGCAUCCAGUGAUGCACAGGGUGGGAGUAUGAACGCUGCAUUCAGAAGCCAGCUGAUUCAGAGUGGUGGAUCUGCAGCCUUGGAGGAGCCCAUGCCUUGUCCAUCCACUUAGUCUACCUUAUAUUUUGGAAAGUUGUUCAUCUGUUCGCUUUGCAUUUGGACACCUCUUGAGAUAUUGUUCCAUGCCACCCCACUCUCCAAGCAGAGACAGAAUCCAGCUGUUUCAGGCACUUGCGUAUUUUUUGCUUUAUAAGACUCACUUUUUCCCUCCUAAAAAGUAAGGGGAAAUGUGUGUGCGUCUUAUGGCGCGAAUGCGUCUUAUGGCGCGAAUGCAGGAUGUGCAGCUACCCCAGAAGCCAGAACAGCAAGAGGGAUCGCUGCUUUCGCUGCACAGCGAUCCCUCUUGCUGUUCUGGCUUCUGGGAUUCAGAAUAUUUUUUUUCUUGUUUUCCUCCUCCAAAAACUAGGUGCGUCUUAUGGUCUGGUGCGUCUUAUAGAGCGAAAAAUAUGGUACUCAAGUUCAGUUUCCUUGGACUGAAGGUCAGCGGAGACUGCGGUGUCUUUAGGAUGUAUGAUUUCAUUUACAAAUAUCUACAACCUGAGCAUCAGGUGGAGGGACUCACAGCAUUAACACCCCAAAAGAUGUUGCUUCUCCAUUAGUUGCAGCUUUGGAUCCAGCACAGAGCAAGCAGGUAUCUGUUUCUCCAUCCUCCAGCCUGCUUACAGCUUGGCCCCCACAUGCUAUACAUGCCAUUGUUCUCCUAGUUAGCAGCUAGGUGGUGCAGGAUGGAGGAAAGGCCCACCCAUUAGCCUGGAGGGCCCCAUCACUUAGUUGUAGCUCUUGCAACUGAGCUCCUUCUUUUGGGUGCUGAUGAGGGCAUAUAAGUAGCCAGAUAAGGUAAUUGUCUUACUAGAAAACUUAUCUGACUAGCUCAGCAACCGUCUCUGUUAGAUUCUAACCCUCCCUGGGUGAAGGACCCCAAGAAUUGGAAGGAUUGGGCAUCAUCCAGACCUCACAAACCCACAUCAUUGUAAGUAACUUUUGCAUGAUGGUUCCUGAGAACAAGGAGCUGGUUUUAUGCCUGUGUUUGGAUAUAAUUGGAUCCCAUUUUGAAUUGCGAUGAUGGACUGAACGUUUCAAAAUGGCACUGAUUUGUUUUGUUUGUAUCUUAGAAUUACUGAGCAAUGUUGGGUAUGAGGCUGCGGCUAUUUGUAAAUAAAGGAACUAUUACUCCCCUCCAAAGAAAUAUUUCUAAUAGAUAUUGCAAAAAUGCCAUGAGGAUAACCCACAGCAGCAAAAGAACAAAUGUCUUCCCUUCCCCCCAUCCCUUCUAACCAGUGCUGCUUUCAUGACCUCCUUCCAAAGUCCCCUCCAACUCCCAGCCCUGUCAUUCAGCAUCAUAUCAGCUAAGGACGAUUCUGGGGGCAUGGAGUCUGAAGCCUCUGGCUUUUUCAACGAGGAUGAGUUUUGCAUCCAGCCUGUUGGUUCCAUUGUGAUAGCCAGACACUUCUGUGUCUUAACUUUAGCCUCUAAAAGAAUAUACGUCAACCCACCAAACAACCCAAAGGGGAGGGGGGGUGUCAUGACAGCACAAUCAUGUAACAAUGCAGACAGAAAAGCUCUCAUUAUCGUAUGCAUUCAUUUAUUCUUUUUUAUUAUUUUCAUCCUGCUUUUCUACAAAUGCUUGCAAAACAGCAUAGCAAUAUAUUAAAAGAAGCAGGAAAGAAAACCCACUGAAAAACUACCAGUUGUCAAGCAAAGCAGUGCUAAAAUAGCACAAAAGCAAUAAAAUUUGAAACCCAGUUGCAAGUCGGGCAGUGAGUGCCACUGGCUAUGUAGUCAAAACAGAGCAGCCAAGAAAUAAGAUGGUGGUAUUGGCAUGGUCAGAGCAGGUGCAGAUUUUGGUAAUAUGAUGUCCUGAGCCAGGACAACUUUUGGCACUCCUCCUAAAUAUUUAUUAUUUUCUCUUUCUUUCUUUCUUUCUUUCUUUCUUUCUUUCUUUCUGCACCCUUGGCUUGGCACCCUGUGCAGGGAAACUGUCCACAUUCUCCUAAAUCCAGCGCUGGCGAGAGGAACCCUGAAGUUUGCAAAAGUACAAAUAAACACCUACAAAGAGUGUGUAUUGGGGAGGGAGGGACACAGCCCGACGAAGGUAAAGCAUGUUCAGCAGCUGAUAUGGAAAACCCAUGGUGCUGGUGGAAUAGAUAACCUGGAGGAGGGCAUGGCUGGCUGGCAUUCCACUAGAAGGUGGGGAUAUACAGAAACUUUUUGUUCCAAGGUUGCAUUAGGAUACAUUAUGCAUCUUUUAUGAAAAUGCAGUAUAGUACACAUGCAGUCAAUUUCCCUUCUCAAAAACUGGACAACUUUAAAAGAAGAUAGGACAGAUUCAUAGAAGAUAAGUGUGAUGGGUUUUCUUCAAUUAACCACACCAAUUGUGAUGUUCCAGUCAGCUUUAUAUUGUCAAAGCAGCAGUCGCUGGGGAACCACCCAAAGUAGAGUCCCCAGGCCUAUAAAUCCCACAGGCUUACAUACCAUCCAACAUUUCUCUGAUGAAAACAGGGACUUCCUAUUCUACAUCAUGAAGCUUCUCGCGUGUUUGAUCUCACCACAUAUAAGACAUCAUAUAUACAUCUGUUGCCUUGAGCCAAUUAGAACCUCUGUUCAUCUUCCUUGCCCUGUCACCAGCUUCUUCCCUCUCUCCAUCUCAGAAGAUGUUGCUGCUGCCGACUCUCUCCCUGCUUCCACUGGUCCUGCAAUUCAUGUGCCCUGUGCACAGGUCCAGUCCUUAAGAUGAACAGCUUUUUGGGCACAGGGGACCUUCGACUCACCACCACCACUGUGGUUAGUUUUGCUGUGUUGCCAAGUCUAUGUUUUAUGCAGGAUUGCAAACCCUGGCAUGUGUAGCCAGUCCUACAGCUCCUAGGCUUUCCUGGCAAUCUCCAUUAAAAGAGCCAACCACCCACUCAUUUUGCCCUUGUACUGCAUACAGAAUGUGGGUUUCUGGACACCAUACUCCUGUUGAUGCAGUCUAGAAUUGCAUUAGUGUUUUUUUGCUGCUGCAUCACACUGUUGACUCAUGUUAGGCUUGUGGUCUACUAAGACCCCUAGAUCCUUUUCACAAUGUACUGCUGGCAAGACUGGUGUCCCCCAUCCUAUAUUUGUGCAUCUCGUUCUUCCUGCCUAACCUUACAUUUGUCCCUACGGAAAUUCAUUUUGUUAGCUUAUGUCCAGUUCUCCAAUCUGUUACGGUCAUCUUGAAUCCUGAUUCUAUUUACUGAGCUAUCAGCUACCCCUCCAGUUUGGUGUCACCUGCAAAUUUGAUAAACAUCAAGUACCAACUGAACUUCAGCCAACUGUCUUGAGCCAAAGGAUUAGGGUGAAUGUUUUGGUUGAAGUAGGUACUGGGUGACCUAGAUGGCCUCUGCAGUAAAUUAUGUCUAAUCACUGUCCUCCUGUGAGAUCUAAAAUGCUGACAUAGAGAAGAUUGUGAAAAUUUUCAAGCACAAAGACUUUAGAUUAGAGCAGCAUCUGUGAACUGUGUUCACCAGUCUUCCUAGUUAUUAUGGCCUUUGACUUCGUGAUGUUUCUCCAUCGCCUUGACAUUUGAUGAGCGAUGUCUCACCAAAUAAACAAGCAAAACAAAACAGGCCACUGCCUGUAUAUCUAAAAGGUCAGGGCAUUUGAUAAAGGUGUCUGUUGAGCAGGUCUGUGGGUGGAAAUGUCUCGGACAACCUCUCUUUCCCCUCCCCUAGUAGAAGAGAGGCAGAGUUGCAUCCUUUUUCUCUUCAAAGGGCAUUCUCUUUAAAGCUCUUUUCCAACACAUGCAGUGAAACGCCUGUGGAUGUCACUACAAAUUAGCUCCAUUUUGCCAUCCCCUGAUGAUCUUGGUUAUUUAGUGCCACUGCCUUUUAACAUUUAUCCCCCCGUUUUUCAAACUGAAGUCUAAUCUGUCGCAAUUUUAUUAGCUGAUCAAAUGGUUUCAGCCUGGGAAGAGAGAGCUUCCACCGUUUGCAGCUUGCUGCAAUUAAGCUGUCCUCCUCCCUUUUCAUUUGCAAAAUGAAAAAGAACACAUCUAGACUAAUCUGUAGCGUGCUAUUUUGUGAUUGCCAAACAACUUGAUUAAGUUAUGCUGUGGUAUUUUCCUCUCACUCUGCAGCUUUGCAGGCUUAAUAGAUAGCCUAAAAUAAUAAUAAAGCAUGACACAGUAUCACCUUUCACCUUUGGUAGACUGAGUUACUAGGGUAUAAUUCAGUGGAUUUUUGUUUGUGACAAUUCCUAAUUUAGAACCAUUUCAGGGCGGAGAACCUGGUUUAUUACCAGGGCUACUCAUGGGGUUUUGUAUGAAAGUGCAAUCAGUUUUUGUGAGGUGACUGGUUGAUUGCAUGGCGGCUUUUUAAGUUUUCUGUGAAGGUGAAAAGACACCCAUGGCAAGCUUAUUCAUCACACCAGUACUUUGGCCUCGGAAAUUCCUGUUUUCUAGGAAGAGCUAUCUUGCAUUUCUGACACUUUGGGAUCAUCUACACUCCCAUUUGUCCUGCGAUUUCUAGGCAUGGAUUCAGGAAGUUUUUCUUUUAUCCUGCCACUUUCCCUGGGAAAACAAUCAUCAACCACAUUUUCUGCAGAUUGAUGUUUGUUCCGAUUCAGCUAUAAAGAGCUGAUUUUCCCAGGGAAAGUGGCAGGACAAAAGAAAAACCUGCCUAGAAAUCUCAGAGCAAUAGCAGAAUAAAGGGAAGUGGGGAUCAGUGGCGUAGUGUGGGCACGGCCAUGGAGGCAGUUGCCCUGGACACAAAGUUCUUAGGGAUGCAAAAUUUCAAAAGAAAAGAACGUAGUAAUAACCAAUAAAAAAUAGUGUGCUUUCUCCUUCACACAGAAAAUCUCCCGAAGUUCAUGCGGGCAAACUGAGGAGCAGAUGUUGGCGAUGCCCGGUUGCUAGGGAACCCUCCACUUUAGAAAGAUACCCGCUGCUGACCAACCCUCUGUCCUGCUCUCCGCCAUGCUCAACGCUCACGUGGCAACGCAACUGCCACUUGGGGAGGUUGCCAAGCUAUUGCCCCUUCUUCCUCGCCUAUCAGCAGAUGGGGCCAAGAAGCUCCACCCCACACCGCUCCCCCCUUGCCAGCUGGUGCUGCUGGUGGUGCCAGAGGCAACAUGGAAUAAGACGACAAGUGGGUUAUCAGCCGCAGACCAAUCAGAAGAGAGAGGUGGGGUAAGGGAGCAGUGCCAAGGAGAAUGAGAGUCGUCGUCGUCCUGUUCUCUCCCGCCCCCCCAAGUAUCUCUGUAAAGGGAAACUGAUCCUGGCUCUAUAGAGGAAGCUGCUGGCCCCUAACAUGGGUUAGGGGUGCAAUACUUGCCUUGCCCUGGAUGCUUACAACCCACACUACGCCACUGGUGUGAAUGAGCCCUUAUACUCAAUAAAUCUUUGUUCCUAUAACUUUUCAGAAUGGUUUCUUGUGGUGUUCCAGUGUGAUGUAGUGGUUAGAAUGUUGGACUAAGACCUGGGAUACCAGGAUUCAAAUCCCCACCAUGAAGCUCGCUGGGUCACCUUGGGCCAAUCACUUCCUCUCAGCCUAAUGUACCUGGAUAGGAGAAGGGGGGGAAAACUGUGUACACCACCUUGGGCUGCUUAACGAAAAAGGUGGGAUAUAAAUGCAAUGAAUGGAUGAAUGUUGCUGUAAAUUAAAUAUUCUGCAGAUUGCGGGGGGAGCGAAAGAAAAGAUUUGGAUAAUAUAUUUACAAAAUGACUUGCUAAACAGGGCAUAUAUUUCUAUUUUGGUGACAACUUGCUAUCAGAGUGUCAGCAGCUUCCUUCCUGCAUGUGUUUGAAUGGCUUUUAGCACCAACCAUUCAAAGAUAGACUGUCAGCCAAGAUGCAUAGCAGCAGCAGCAGCAGCAGCUGUGAGAAGUGGUCAUGCCUCAUGUAACUCAGUACUUCUCUUGACCCAGGAGAGCUCCAAGGAAGACUUGGCUUCUCUUCUGCAGAAAGGUGGUUAAUUGGAAGUCAGCUGCCGAGAAGGAAAGCAGCAGGCGGGGGAUUCCUAAUAGCAUCAACUCUACUCCUAUGCCUAUAUAAAUGUUUCUGUCAGGCACAUAUGGAAGCUCUCUAAGUGCAUUAGGUUCUUAAUCACAAUGAAAAGCAUGAUCCAGACCAGGGUGAGAGGAAAUGGAUCCAGCCAGCAGGCCAGAGCCAGACCUUCUCCACCCUUCCGCUCUUGCUCAGUUCCUCUGCUUGCACCAGUGGUCACAGUGAAGCUUUCAAAGGCCUAGAGCUUUGCAGUGACACUGCUCAGCUGCUGGCUCGUUUUCCUUUCAUCUGUGGAUGGGAGCAAAGUGUUCUUUCCCCCUUUCUUCUUCAGCAAGCCAUUUGCAAAUUACUCACAAUCAGUGAUGGUUGACCUGCAUAUGGGUCCACUCAUCUGGGCUGUUCCAAAGGUUUCAGCUCUCAGGAACUCUUGACACGGAUACUGGUGGCUGCCAGAAUCUCAGUUGCCUCCAAAUGGAAAACCUUACAGAAUUUGCGACUUUUGCUUUGGUAUAUAAAUAUGUGGAGCUUAGCAAUAACUGCAAGAAAUGACUCAUAAAUUAUGUGUUGCCAAAGGCCUGGGAGACCCUGAAAAAUUGUAUGUUGUUUGGUGGGAUUUUAUAUACAGCAAAUACCAACACACAGGACUUCCUUUCCACAAUACGAUGUCAAAUUUGGCUUUCCUAAUGGUUUUAAGUACCGGUACUUUACCAACCUUAUAUUAAGUCUCUUCCAGAUAUACUGUGCUGCUUUUGUACUUCUAUUAUUUUUAUUGUAUUGACUUGUUUUAUUUGCUUCAAUAAAAUCUUUUUAUAAGUAUAUGAUAGGGCAUAAAUUGAACAUGAAAGUAAGCUAGCACUUUGCCCCUGCUUGCUCUCUUUCCAAUCCCAGGAGUGGAGAGAGAAGCAAACAGGACAAGCUCAGGGGCACUUUCUUUCUUGCUCCUUAUUUUGCAUGUCUGAAGGCUGAAUCUGGGCGCUGAAAAUCCCAUUCUGCGGCUGCGCACUGUGAAGACGUAGCUCAGAUUCAUUCCUGGCAGAGUCUGACAUUUGAUGAGUCCAAGCAAUUGUCAGCUGCUGCACAGCUCAGUCCGCUCCCAACCGCAUGGCUCCAGGGAGUUCCUAAGUUCAGAAUAACAUCCGCUGAGCGUGACUUCAGGUUGGCCCCAAAAUAACUUUUGGCACACUCCAGUCCCACAGGGAGCUAUUGUCUGAGCUCUGAGUGAUGCCACCAUUUAUUUAUUCUUAACUUGAUGCUAGUCAGUCUCACAUUACUGCAUUUGCCGUACUCAAGGAGCUGCGGGUCCCAGGUAAAACGUGUUGCUGUAUAUUGUUCAUGAAUUCCCCAUCGCCAGAUGAAUCAGUUCAAGCCAAAUUGAUGCGGAGCGUACUCUGGUUGUUUGGAGAGAUAACUUUUAGAUUUGAAUUAGGCAUAUAUUUUUCAGUUAGAAAACAUGAGAGCAUUCUAUUUAGGGGUGUGAUCAAUUCUUGCAAGAGUUAUAUGGCUGACAUGCUAAGCAGCUACCCAUUUUACAGAUGGCAACAGAGAUUGAGUCAGGACUAUGUGUUGCGUUUCCACCAGCUCUGACUCAACGGCACCAGUGAGGCUAGGGAGCUGUUUAGUCCAGCAACAGAUAAAGGAGCAAAUAAGAAAAAUCCUGCAGAUGGAUGAGGCCAAUGGCCCAUCAUGUCCAGCAUCCUGUUCUCACAGCGGCCAGCCAGGUGCCUAUGGGAAGCCCACAAGAAGGACCUGCGUGCAAGAGUAUUCUCCUUCUCUUGUGGCUGAAUCGGCAGGGGAGCUGCUGCCCAGCUAAGGAAAUGAUGAAAAGAACAAGGUGAUGGGCAGAAAGAGGUGUUGCAGCAGCAGCCUGGCAGCAACUGAGCAAUUUCAGAGUACUGAACCACCCUGAGAUCUUCUGGUGAAGGGUAGUAUAUAAAUCAUCAUCAUCACCACCACCACCACCACGGCCUCCUUGUAGCUUCUGCCUCUCAUUGCUUCUUUUUUCAGCAUGGUCAAUGAAUUGUAUCUUCCUGUUCCAGCCUAACAAGUUGGAGGAAGUGACUUGUCAGUUUCCACAGUUGUAAAACACCCCCCCCCCUCCCCAAUGGCUGGGAUUUGCAGAAGAUGCUGAUCAGCAGAAGUGCCUUAUUUUCCUAUCUCAGCCCUAAGAACGGGAGAUAAGAUCUCCCUGCCUGCUUUUGAGCAAUCCUUUCUGAACAGCAGCCAGAGGGAUUUUUUCUUUAGAUCUUGGUGCUAAGCACCACAGCUGUGAGGCCGGAGAUAAAGGUGGUCUGCUGUGUAUGUGUCAGGCAGAGAGCGUUGUGUGACUGCUCGUAGUGGGUGUGUGUGGUGAAUGUGCAUAAGUGGUACACAUGUGGCUGGUCUGUAGGUGUGGGGGGGGGGCUCAGAGGGAUGCUGACCAUCAGUGUGACCCUUCAGCUGACAAAGUUUGCCCACCCCUGCCAUACAUCUCUCUCUCACAAACACAAAGCAUAAACAUUUAAAACAGCUGUGCUGAGGGAUCACGUGUCCUGUCCUGUGGACCUUGGUGGGCUGGGCUAAGGCAAAAUCUCUUCUGGUUUAACUUUAUAGGCGUCUUAGGAUUGGCUUUUAUUGCUCAAUGACAAGGGAAUCAUGUUCUGCACAUGCUCAGAAGUACUCUUUUAAGAAUUAAUUCACAUCCCCCCUCAUCUGAAUCCUGGCACUGGAAACAGGAUCUGAGCUUGAGCACUGAUGUGCCUUAAUUAUUGGAGCUUCUCUUGUUCUAAUGGUAUGUAACAGUGCCUUUGAUCUAUGUGCUGGUCAGGUGCUGGUUUUGACCUUUAAAGCCCUUCAUGGCUGUCAGGGAACUGCCAGCAGUGCCGGAGGGAGAGAGCAAAAUCCAGAGGGAUUCCAGAGAGCAUCCCGGGAUCGGGAGAGGCAGCCCAUCUUCUGGGGAAGAGAAUCAGCGUAGCACCAGUGGAGAAGGGGGGCAGAUGGGAGAAGCGGCGAGGCGGUCCCAUGACUCCUUGCCUGGGACCAGCGGGGAGAGUAGGGGUCCUCCGUUGCCCACGCCCUCCUUGCGCAUAAGGCUUUCACGCAGAGAGAGUAGGAGGAGACUAGGCAUCAAAGAGCUUCUUUGCUGGAAGAAGUUUAAGAAACGCCCACUGACGGAUUCUGCCAGCGACUGAGUCAGCCACGGGUGAGUGGCGUCCGGACAGAUACGGUUUACUUAGGCAGCCAGGCCAGGUGUUCGCACCCAGCCAGGGAGAUAGUUGCCUGCUUACGCACGAGCAACCCCUUAGAAACCUUUACAAUGGCCUAGGACCCUCGUACCUACGGGACCGCCUCUCCUGGUAUGCCCCACGGAGGGCCUUAAGGUCCAUAUAUAGCAACACCCUAGAGGUCCCAAGCCCUAAGGAAGUCAGAUUAGCCUCAACCAGAGCCAGGGCUUUUUCUUUUUCUUUCUUUUUUUUGACAUUUCAUUAUAUUUAGUUUAUUUGUCAAAAGAAUUACAGCGUUUUAAAUAGGAAGAUUGUUCCAAAAAUGUUUAACUUUAUAAUGCCCUGAAUUAAAGUACAUCUUGGUGAAUCUUAGGUUAAAAAAGGUGAAUCUCUUAAAAUACACAACAAGCCAUGUGCACUUCAAAAAUAUUCUAAUGUUUCAAGCAAACAAGACUUAACAGAACGUAUGGCUUUGCAGUAACAUCAAUUUGUCAACUAAUUUGUAGCAAUAAAUACUUAAAAUCUCUACCCACAGACUUACAUUUUGAUCUAGUUUAAACAGUACAGAAAACAAAUAAUUGAAAAUCUGCUGUAAAAUGUUGAACACUCAAAAAUCUUUUGAAAUCUUUUUUCAGAAUCUAAAACCAAAACAUUUAAAGGGCAUUGCAGAUGAACAAUUCUUCGCCAAACUGAAAGAAACAUGGACUUCAUAUAUAUUUAGUGUGGUAGGGGUUGGCGGCGGCGGCAGGGGGGGGGAAUUAUCAGGGAUGGGGGGGGAAGGAAGGAAAGGACAUAACUGGAGUGGAAGGAGGAGGGGAGGGGUUCGAUCUUUAUGUUAUCUUGUUUUUGUGUGUGUGCUGGCGGCUUCUUGGGCUUGUCUUCUUUUGGUAGAAAUCUUUUCUUGGGUCUUGACAAUCUUUCCCACACGGAGGGGGAGGGAUCUUCUUUUUGAGUUGGUGGGGGAGCUGGAGAGUCUUUCUUGGGCUCUUUUCCAUCUGGUUUCAUUUUCCGCUAUUCCAUCAGCGCCCUUUCCCAAAGCAAGUCUUCCUUCCUUCCUUCCACCUCUAAGACUUCCGCCAAAGUCACAAUUGGUGGGAAUCUGAAUUUUCUUUCUCUUCUCCAGUGGUGGAGGACUGGCAGGUUUGGGAGGGGGAUUUGGUCUCCCAACGGCUUUUUCCAAUUCUGCCUCGCUUGCGAGACUCUUCCCCACUACAUAGAUGUGCAGCAAGUGGGGGAAUCUGGCCGGGGACAGCUGGCGUUUGACUUGCUCCAUAUUUUUCUUUUUCAUCUCUUUGCGGGGGCUGGACUGCCAGAAUCUCUCCUGGGCCACUUCUUCAGGUGCUGAGGAGAGUGGGCUCAAGAGGGCUCCCUCUGCUGAUCUAAACAGAAAAAACUGCCUCUUUUGAUGUCAUCUGAUGUCAUCGCAUUCCACAGCUGCCCAGUGUUCCUUCUGUUCUAGAUGCGGUCAUAGCUGUCAACCUCACCCCGAUAUGGCUUCCCUUUAUCACAUACACAGCCCAACAAGACAAAGACAAGAAUCCACCAACAGCAUAUGCUUUUUCAACACUGGCUCUGCCUCAUGAGACCAGGGCCCUGUGGAAUCUGAUUUCUAAGACAGGGAUGUUCUGCCUGGCCUUUGGCUUGGACUCAAUUUGAUUCCCUCCCCUUUUUCUUACCUUUCUCCUCCUGUGAUGAGGCUGCAUUUUAAUGUUUUAAUAAUUUUAAUCUUGUUUUUUAAGUUGUAUUCAUUCAACUUGUUUUUAUUAUUGGUUGUUAGCCGCCCUGAGCCUGGUCUUGGCUGGGGAGGGCGGGGUAUAAAUAAAAAAUUAUUAUUAUAAUGAGUCCCACUUUUGGUUCAAGGACAAUAUUUCCUUUAGCCGCUGUUUAAAAGUGAAUUAUUGAUGGUUUUAGGAACUGGUUUUCCUUGGAGAGAUCAUUUGUCCAGAAAGAGUCUGUGGAUAUGUGGACUAGGCCGCAAAGCGGGGGCAUAGGUCAGCAGCAGGGCCCCUACCCUGAAUCCCCCUGUGGCUGCUGCCGUCUCCAGCUGAAAGGAUUAUAACUGGAACACAGAGAGCUGGAAGGGUAAUUGACAGCGCUGGCCUUGAUAGGCCUGUGUGACCGAGUGCAAAUCUGCUUCAUUUGUUGUCAUAAAUCAGUAUCGCAGCAAUAUGACGCCAGGGUUUUUGGAAGACCUCAGCAUAACAAACAACAUUCAUGUACAGUAAAAGGAAACCAGCAUUAUCAGGGAGAAAGAGCUGUUAAGAAAACAUGCCAGAAACCAAGCAUUAGGACUGAUUACAGUUUGGGGAUUUAUAUUUGUGAAUGAAUUUGUAGUGAGCAAGAGAUUGUAGGUGAGCAUGUGGUGUUUGGUUCCGGAGGCAUUUCCUAAGAACAAGCUGGAUUACCGCAGAGCACUUUGCAAAGUAGGUUUUGCAAGCUAAUUCAAAGAUGACCUUCAAAAUCCUUCAAAGCUCUUCUUGGGAGACUUCAGGGAGACUCUUUGCACAUCAGGGUACAGUUUGUUUAAACCUGAGCUGCUCAGUAGCUCCAGUCUAAACUUUUGUCGGCAGAGACUUGCUAGGCUUUAGUAGUGUCUUUGUCAAGAAGCUAAUGAGGGGGUUGAGGGUCAAAAACACCCCAUGCUUUAAGCCUGAAGAUGACCUGAGAACUUGCAAACAUUAAAAUGACAAUGGUCCUUUUACUUGGUUACUUAUACUGGUGGGGGACUAGCAUGUGUCCCACUUUAAAGAAGACAGUCCUCUGUUUGAAUGACUGCUCAACCCAAGUUUGGUUUAAAGUUGAGAGCCCUGAGAAGGGAGAGCUGGAGGGGAAGGCUUGGGAUAGGCCACAGCUGAGUGUGAGAGCAUCAGGCUUGCAUGCAGAAGGUCCUGGGUUCAAUGGGAUUCCAGGUAGGGCUAGGGGACAGGGCCAGCCCACCCGUGAGGCAGACUGAGGCAGCAGAAUCCAAUGGGCAUGCCUCCCUGCGUCUCUCGUGCAACCCAGAAGCUGCACUUGUGCAACCCCCGUAAGCAAGGCUUUGGCAGGGGUGGCAUGUGCAGCAGGCAUGCAGGGCAACACCUUCUCAUUUCAUCUCCUGCUAGGGAAUGUUCCUGCCUGGAACGCUACUGCCAGACAGUGUGGGCAAUACCAAGCUACUUGGGCCAAUGGUCUGACUUGGUAUAAAGCAGGUUCCUAUGAUCCCAUCCACAGCCAGCAUCUGGAGGGCAGACUGAGCAGACCCUUGCUCACAUGAUUCCCCAUAAUGGUGAGGUGUGUUUUUAUUUAAAUUAUAGCAAUUUGUUUCUAAAUGUGCACCUACACAUAAAAAAUAGCAAACGUGAAUCGGUAUCCUCUUCUGUCCUCUUAUUUGGUACUGCAUUUCCCCCCUUCUCCUUUUUUGAGGGGGCGGGUAGCAUGAUGCAUUAAGUGGCCACCCUAUGAGGAAUGGAACAACAACAACAAUUUUAUUGUUUGUACCCCGUCCAUCUGACUGGGUUGCUCCAGCCACUCUUAGUAGCUUCCAGCAUAUACAGAAACAUAAUAAAACAUCAAACAUUAAAAACGUCUCUGUACAGGGCUGCCUUCAGAUGUCUUCUAAAGCUUGUAUAGUUACUUAUCUCCUUGACAUCUGGUGGGAGGGUGUUCCACAGGGUGGGUGCCACUACUGAGAAGGUCUUCUGCCUGGCUCCCUGUAACCUCACUUUUCGCAGUGAGGGAACCACCAGAAGGUCCUCAGAGCUGGAUAGAAUCAUAGAAUCAUAGAAUCAUAGAGUUGGAAGAGACCACAAGGGCCAUCAAGUCCAACCCCCUGCCAAGCAGGAAACACCAUCAGAGCACUCCUGACAUAUGGUUGUCAAGCCUCUGCUUAAAGACCUCCAAAGAAGAAGACUCCACCACACUCCUUGGCAGCAAAUUCCACUGUCGAACAGCUCUUACUGUCAGGAAGUUCUUCCUAAUGUUUAGGUGGAAUCUUCUUUCUUGUAGUUUGGAUCCAUUGCUCCGUGUCCGCUUCUCUGGAGCAGCAGAAAACAACCUUUCUCCCUCCUCUAUGUGACAUCCUUUUAUAUAUUUGAACAUGGCUAUCAUAUCACCCCUUAACCUCCUCUUCUCCAGGCUAAACAUGCCCAGCUCCCUUAGCCGUUCCUCAUAAGGCAUCGUUUCCAGGCCUUUGACUAUUUUGGUUGCCCUCCUCUGGACACGUUCCAGUUUGUCAGUGUCCUUCUUGAACUGUGGUGCCCAGAACUGGACACAGUACUCCAGGUGAGGUCUGACCAGAGCAGAAUACAGUGGCACUAUUUCUUCCCUUGAUCUAGAUGCUAUACUCCUAUUGAUGCAGCCCAGAAUUGCAUUGGCUUUUUUAGCUGCCGCAUCACACUGUUGGCUCAUGUCAAGUUUGUGGUCAACCAAGACUCCUAGAUCCUUUUCACAUGUACUGCUCUCAAGCCAGGUGUCACCCAUCUCAGUGUCUGGGUAGAAUGACAGGGGUGGAGACACUCCUUCAAGUGGAAGUGACUUGCAAACCUUUCUCCAGGUUCCUAGGUGUGUUGCCAAAAACUGUAUGAUGGUUGCUGUUGCUUUGCAGAAGGUGGGCUAAGCCUGGGGUAGACCCAUCCUAAAGCAGGCCCAUGCAGUCCUGUCUUCUCUAUGAAAGCACUGUAGCUGAUCCACAGGCUUUUGGGCUUAGGAGAAGGUAGCCCCAGGACACCCAGGCCCUCAAGCAGCCACUUGUAGUAUGAUUCUUAAAGCUCUUCAACUCAUUCCAGGUACCACUUAUGUGUGACGGUGCUAAGCUACGUCCUGCCACUCCUAGUAAUAGGCUAUGCCUAUACCAUGGUCGGUAUUACACUGUGGGCCAGUGAGAUCCCAGGGGACACUUCGGACCGCUACCAGGAGCAGGUGUCUGCCAAGCGCAAGGUAAGAAUCAAAACAGAGUUUGAACAGAGCGGGAAGAAAAAGUCCACGCUAACUCAGAUGAACCAAUCCCAUUCUAGGUUAGAUCCCUAAAUGGUGCCAAGAUAAGUGGAUGGUGGAGCCCAUGUGGUGCAGUUGUAAAGUCUCACAGGAGGGCCUCACAGACCUGGAUUUAAAUCCCCUCUCAGCUGUGAAACUCUGAGUGAUCUUGGGUUCGUCAAUGACUCUUAGCCAAAAGGUUGCUUCACUGACACAGAUCUCAAGAAGUGGUCUAAUGCUUUUCUCCACUGCCUGGUUGUUGGCAUCCAUCUGUCUCGAGAGACAAUGGAGUGUGCCUCCAGCCUCGCUGGUGUAGUCCAAUGGAAAGCAGAGCAAGACAUUUGGCACCAGCUUGGCUGCAGGAGAUAUGGGAAGGAGGCAUACAAGACGCCAUCAAACUGUCUUAGAGACCCCACUCUGGAUUCAUGCAUUAUUUACUCCUUAGCCUUUUCUUCUCCUGAAGAUAUUUUGCAAGGCGCCAGAUCUCAUUUGCCACAAGGGUCAUUUCAGUUCAGAGGUUCCAGAAUGAUGCCAGGCACAUCUUCCGUUUGCUCUGGGCACUUCUAAACAUGAGGAAGGGAGAGCCUAGGAUUUGCAAGAAGUUGUGGGCCACACCUUUUAGCAAGGAAGAUGGUCACUCUGUGGCCAAGGGCAUGCCACUCCCCUGGAGACAGAGAACAGGGGCUGGCUGGCAAAUCCUCUGAAGAGGUUAUAACAGGAAGAGAAUGGGCAAAGCUAAUCGGGAAACCAGUGCUUGGAGGUGUUGAUGUUUCCAAUGGAGUGGGAACAGGGAGAUCCCAGAAAGGAGCACGGGUGGCCAGAAUUAUCCACGGUGCUUCUUGAAAAAAGGCCAAUCUAAGGAAAGGGCACGAGAAACUCAAUAGGAAAUGGAGUUGGUUGGGUUAGCGUUGACCAGACCUUAAAGUCAGAUCAAUGUGGGCAACAUUCAUUCAUCACAGGACACAUGCUGACACAGAAAGAUCACAUUGUUUGUGGGUCACCUCUAAAAGAGCAAAUAGCCCCAGGACAAUUACACAAGCUUCUGUCUCUUCCCGCUGAGAUUUCCCUGUGGUGCUUACCCAAAGCCCCUGCUAGCUGGUAUGAAUGGACCGGUCACGUCUUUGUUUUGACUGCCUCUAAAUGCUAGUUGAUGCUGUGGCUGUAAGAGGCUGUCCUUCUCUGACAGGUUGUCAAGAUGAUGAUCAUUGUGGUGUGCACCUUUGCCAUCUGCUGGCUGCCUUUCCACAUCUACUUCCUCCUCCAGCAUUUCAAGGCAGAAUGGUACCAGCAAAAGUACAUCCAGCAGGUCUACUUAGCUAUCUUGUGGCUGGCCAUGAGCUCCACCAUGUACAACCCUAUUAUUUACUGCUGCCUCAAUGACAGGUAAGAUCCAUGUCCCUGUGAUGUAUUGUGACAGGUUCAGCUAAUGCUGAGGUUUGAGUUGCAAAAGCAGAUUUGUACAUAUCAAAACAUCAUCACCCCUUUUGGAGAUUGGCUUUUUGGUGUGAGUGGAGCAGAAAAUUGCUCAUUUCUCUCUAAAUAACUGUCCAGGGACCAAGAGUAUGCAUUCCAGAAGUUCAUAACAUUAUAUACUGUAAUAAAACCUCAAAAUGAUUUGCAAAAAGAAUGAAAAAAUAAAAUUAUCAGUGAAAACAACUAAAACAUUUUAAGCAAUUAAAAUCAAUAAGCUAAAAACAAGAUUAAACCACAUGUCAACAUUCUACAUGUCAGGUUUGUCCAAACAAAAAUGUUCUUAGCAGGUGCCCAAAAGAUACAACAAAGAUGCCUGUCUGGUGUCAAUAGGCAAGGAGUUCCAAAGUGUAAGUGCUGCCACACUAAAAGUUCUGUUUCUUACAAAUGCAGAACUUUCUUUCUUUCCUUCCUUCCUUCCCAGCCAGGAUAAAUUAUAUCAAAUAGCAGAAAUGACAGAAUCACUCAUGAAAGUUAAGAUCAAUUUUGCAUUUGGCCCUCUGGGGAGCUUGUGUGAACUUGUAUGUUUAAUUCCAGAUUCAUGUACUUAGGGUCACUGUUUCUACAAUGUGAAUGGACACAUUUCUAUUAUUUGUAUAUUAUUGUUUAUCAGUUAUGAGUAUUUUAUAUUCUCUUAAUUUUUAUUUCAUCUUUUUCUCUUUCCCCUUUCUUGUCAAAUUCUUCAAUAAAUCUUUGAUAUUUUAAAGAAAAAAUAUCAAUUAUGCAAAUUUUCUUAAUUUAUGCAGCUUUUACAGGGAACUCAGCUUCUUUUCUUUUCUUUUUUUCUUUGGUACAGUAUUUGGCCCAGAAAAUUUAAAUGUUUCAGUGCAAAGGUUAUAAAGAAGAAGCAAACGGGUGUACAAAAUGGAUCUGGUGUGCCUGUACCAUAUAUAAAAUCCUGGCCAGGACCCAUGUCUUAAAUGCCACAGGUUGGGUUCUAGCACAGCUGACCCCAUUUGCAGGGGGUUGGACUAGAUGGCCCUUUGAGUCGCUUCCAACUCUGCAAUUCUGUGAUUCUACUAUUUGUCUUCCCAGGUUCCGGAUAGGCUUCAAGCAUGCCUUCCGGUGGUGCCCUUUCAUCAGAGCCAGCAAAUACGAAGGGCUGGAGAUGAAGUCAGCCAGGUACCUCCAGACACAGAGCAGCAUGUACAGAGUCAGCCGGAUGGAAACGACGGUCUCCUCCAUUGCUGGCAACCCAGAGGAGGAGCUUGAUGCCAGCAGCAAAACCAAGCGCCUCUCUGUGGAUCUGACCUCCAACGGCUCCUCCCGUAGUGACUCCAAAACCGUGUCGGAGAGUUUGAGCUACUAUUCCAACACGCUUCCUCCCUAAGCAACCUGACCCUCCCUGCAACGCAUCUCCAUCAAAAGUGUGGCUCAGCUUCCAGUCUCCCUAAUGAAGGAGCUGUUCCUCAUUUGUAACAAGUCACCUCUUUCCUCUCUGACUUUGUCCCUGAAUGGAGUUUUCCUUCUUUGUGUAGCCUCUGCUGUGAUGCCCUGUUGGAUGUUCAGACGAUCUAUAUAUCAGAAUGGAUUCUCAUUUUGGGGCCCACAUUGCGAUAGGUUCAUUAGCCAAUUCUCAGGCUGUGCUGGCUAACAGCCAAGCACCUUCCGCUUGACUUUGUUUUUCCAUCUCCAAAUCUCACCUUCUCUUCCCACAACAUGCUCAGGUCUUCUUGGUGUCUCUCCCUUCCAGCUUCCAUACAUAGAACCAUAAGAUCAUGGAACUGCGGAGUUGGAAGGGAGACCACAUGUCGCUGCUAUUGCGAAAGGAGUGGAGGGGACUGAAAAGCUCCUUGAAGGAAAAAGGAGGAGCGAAAAUGUCAUGUUUGUAGUAUGUGUACCAUUUUGGAAAAGUUGAAUUUCAAAAAAACAAGUUUUAAGAAUGUAAGAGUCCUGCUGGAUCAGGUGAAAGUGGUCAGGGGGGUUGAGUGACUCCCCUAUGAGAAAAAAGUUGCAGUGUUUGGACUUUUUAGUUUAGAGAAAAGUUAAGCAGCAAUAUGAUGGAAGUUCCUAAAGUUAUGUCUGGCAUGGAGGAAGUGGAUAGAGAAAAGUUUGUCUGCCUCUCUCACAACACUAGAGCUCAUGAAGUGCUCCUCCCAUGAAGAUGGACGUUGAAAGAUUCAAGACAGACAGAAGAAAGGGCUUAUUCACACAGUGCAAAGUUAACCUAUGGAACUCCCUCCCACAGGAACUUGGGGAAACUGCAGAAGGCGAGAGGGCUCUUAUGCUCAAAUCCUGCUUGUAAGUUUCCCACAGGAAUCUGGUUGACCACUGUGAGAACAGGAUGCUGGACGAGAUGGGCUAUUGGCCUGAUCCAGCAGGCUCUUGUUGUGUUCUCAUGAAAGGCCUGUCUGGUCCAGCUUCCUGCUCUCACUGUGGCCAAGCAGACCCCUAAGGGAAGACCACAAGCCUGACAUGAGGGGAGCAGCAUUGUCCCCACUUUGUUUGAGAGUUAAAGUCCAGGCAGUAUCUGAAAUCCAUAAUGGAAACGUCAGGAAUUUCCAUAUACAAAUCUGAGGAUUUUCAGUUUGCAGGUUUUGAUCCAAUAGCGCAGCGUUCCAAAUUGCCUCCCUACAACUUUGUGUAUCUGAUGUACUUCCAAGAUCACUUCUCUUCCACUUCAUUUAUGUUGGGUUAGGAAAAAAACCCUCAACUCCUCAUAUUGGUUUGUGCCUAUACCAGGGGUGGAUAACCCCAAGUCCGGGGGCCUGAUCCAGCUCCAGAAGCAAAAGACCCUACAGAUUUUGGUGGUGGCAAAAGCAGGGGAGGAAUAUAGUCCGUAUGGAGGCUAGGAUGGUGGUAGAAAAGUUUAAACCUCUCUGUUCAGCACAGCCUCCUGAUGGGAAAACAAUCCCCCAUCUGAUAAAUUCAUAGAAUCGUGGAGUUGGAAGAGUAUCUAAUGAAUCUCUGACAGAUGGCCUCCAACCUCCUGCUACAUGGGAGACAGAUUAAAGAAAAAGAAACACAAAUUGGCCCCGCCCUGUAGCUUGAGCAAUCAUGUUGAGGAGCGGCUAGGAGUUAGGCAGAACCAUAGAUCUAAAAAAAAGACAUGUACACGCUGGCCAGCUUCCAUUUUGACAUGAACUGUUUGUUUUGGGCUUCUCAAAAAUAUGUGAAGGCAAGAAGCAGAUGGGAGGAGUGUUGACCUGCAAUAGCGCCCACCUGUGAGGUGCCAGAACUGCACUCUGGUGCACUCCAGCUGAGAAAAAAGCACUGCAAACAGCUCAUACCAUCAGAACGUUCUCCCUGAUGUUGAGUUGGUAUCUCCUUCCUUGUCAUUUGAAUCCACUGGUUCAGGUCCUCCCCUCUGGAACAGCAGAAAACAAGCUGGCUCCGUCUUCCAUGAGACAGCCCUUCAGGUAUUGGAAGAUGGCUAUUGUCUCACCUCUCAGUCCUCUCUUCUCAAGGGAUGAUAACUCCCCCUCUUCAACUGACCUGCAUGAAUCGGCUGUGGGGAGCGGCCUCUGUAGGGUUAGCUGAGGGUCCAAAGGCCCAUCACCUAAUUUAUGGAGGUACGCCAAAUUCCUAUUAAAGGCCCCAAAGGUUGCACUGAAACCCUACAGAUAUCUAGGUUCCUAUGCUCAGGGCAUGUUUUUACAUAUGCACCAGUUUAGGGGAUAGAGAACCGAACCGAACCAUGAAAAAAUGUACUGUUUCAUUGCCCCAUUCAUCUCGUGAGAAAUCUGGAAUUCCUACAGAUAGGAUAGGAAACUAGUUUGAUGGGGAGAAAAACAAUUCAGCCUAGGCUUCCCAAUUAUAUGGUCCUUUUUCUAUAGAAAGAGAAGAUUCAACCCCAUCCCCCAAAUGGCAAAACAUUAAAAUACCAUAUGCACACACAAGCCACACUCCCCUGUUGCAUCCUUGGAACCCUUCCAGCAAAGCUCUUCCUCCCACCAGUUGUCAAAACUGUCUCUGACAUGCAGGUGUCUUCCAUGGAGUUCUGCCAUUUGCAAGAGACAACUCAGGUGGAGAGCAUCCCUGCUGUGAGUCCCAGAUGCGCAUCAUUAAGGAUGCCUUUUUGCAGCAAAUAUCCCUUGUGAUUAUUGCCAGUUGGCAAAGGACCAAAACGAGCCUGCCACUGUCAUGCACACCCAGCGCUGGCAUCAUAGGACAGAGAUGCAUAGCCUCAGCCCAUAAUAAGAUUAAGACAAGAAGAAUCUGUGGAAAGCAGGAGUGUAAGUAAAGAUGGGAUUAGAUAAUGGCACAAGAUGGAAUGUAUUGUAUAGCCCAAAGGGUGUGGGGGGAAAUGUAGGUGGAACAUUUUUUUAAAAUGCACGGAAAGCAACACAUCUCCAGUGAAGUCAUGGAAAAUCCAGCAACCUGAUGUGAAGAGACAGGAAGUGCAUAUGGAUAUUGAUUUCCCAUAAUGGCCCCAGGGGCUGUAAUGCACACAUGCUCAAAGGGAGGGGGCAAAAGGAUCCCUCCACUAUUAUGUAGAUCCUUGCACAGAUGUAGUGGAUCACUUCCCUAUGACAGCACUCUCCAGUUUGGAGCCCUCCAGAUGUUUGGGCUUACAUCUGCCAUUAGCCCCAGCCAACACAGCUGUGCUGGCUGGGGUUGGUUGGUGAUAUCAUUUUUAUUACUACAGUUGUCCAAAACAUCUGGAUGGCAUCAGGUUGGAGAAGGCUGCCUUAGGUACUGUGAGGACAGUCCCUUAAACUGACAACAAUUGAUUGAGCUAAGGGAUUGCUUGCUGGUGCUGAAACUUUCUGCAGCCCAGUUCUGUUCAAGGCAAAAAGCAGGGUAAGAAAGGUUCCUGAACCCGGGCCACAUAGCCUGAUGUCAGGCGCAAGUAUCUCCCUCACUUUGAUGCAGCAAAGAAAGAUGAGGAUGCAGUCCCAAGAAUGGUGUGAAAAGCUCAUUGCGGACCACAGAAUUGCUGAACUGCCGCCAGGGUGAGUGUCAGAAGAGCUCUGCUGGGUCACAUCAAAGGUCCAUCUAAUUCUCUUUCCCACCCAAGUGGACAAAGAGAUGCCUCUGGUGAGCCCACAAGCAAGGCAGAGGGAAAGAGCCCUCUCUGGCUAUCAUUCCCUCACAACUGAUCUCUGCACUGCCUCUGUCAAGACACCCUGAGAGCUGGUUCAUGUGCUCAUCACCUCCAAAUGCCACAGAGAGAGCCUCAAUCUAUUGUGUCCACCCAUCCAUGCUUUUUAUUCUUCAGCAAAAGCAAAGUAAUGUGCAUGUGCAAAAUCCCUCCGAAGAAGUGAGAUGUCUUUUGAGAGACGAUCAUUAUUUUUAACACUGAGGCAGAGACGAUAGAUCUGCCAUCUCUCUCAACACACUGUAAUUUCUUGUGCAUAUUGUACAAAUUUCUGGGCCACUUUGUUCGUGCCUAAGUGUUUCUACUUAAAUUUGCAACAAUUGUUGUAGCUUUUUUUUGCUGUGAAAUGAAGAAGUGAUGGGAUAACUGACCUGUGUGCUCUUCCUGUUUUGGAGUAUAUCUGUAUGAUGUUCUUGUUUACAAAGUGUUGACAAACCCAUAUGAGGAAUUCCAAUAUGAUCAACUCAACUGCAAAUUGUGUUAUAUUUGAUGGGUCAGAACUUCAAUGAUAUUGUUUCUGGAGAAGCUUUGAAUGGAUCAUAUCAAAGUAAUAAAAAAAUUAUGUCUCUUAAAAGAGUG